UACAUACACAUAUGAGGCUCGUUUAUUGAUAUAUUUUGGGAAUCGUUCAUGUUCUUAUGUAGCAGCAUUGAUUUAUACUUUCUCCAAUGUCAACCAAUCGUAUUGCAAAGCAGUCGUGUCCUGUGUUAUAAAGCAAGUACUGCUGGGUUGUGUCUUCGUUUCCCAAUGCUUUUCUUACCAAUAAAUUAAAAAUCCGGCGUGGCAAAUUUUCAUUCUGAAAGUGUGCCCCAGAGAUGGGAAUUUAUUAAAAAAAAAAAAAGUUUUAGAACCGCUGCCUUGAGAGAAAUUUAAGGAAACCACCCUCUUGCUCAAAUUUCCCUUUCACCACAAACAGGGUGGAGAUUUCGAGAGUCCCAUUUGCGCACAGCAAUUGUCAUCCGCCGAUUUAAAAGGCAUAAGGGAAGAAAGGGGGGGGGCUAAGAUGGGACGAAUUAAAAGCGAGGGUGGCGGGAACCCAUCCCAAUGGGAUAGAAAAGCGAGAACAAUGAUCUGCCGUUCCAAUCAUGCUCAUGGCCAGAGGAAAAACACCCGAGAAGCAGCAGGCAGACACGUCGAAGCACGGGGGGGGGGGGGAAUGGAUUCCAACGGGUCUACUCCGAGUAGGGACUGGGCGCAGCCGGCGCGGGGACGCACAAGCGCCGCGUGAACGGGGCUGAAAUCUCGACGGCAGCCGCGGCACAUUGUUCCCCCCUCAUGCAAACGCUCCGUCGGCUGGCUCCGCCCGACCCGCCCUUUUCUACCCCCCCCCCCAGCUCAGAGAAGGAUCGCAGCCUCGGCCGCCUCAGCAACCGCCUCUCGUGCUCCUGCCGCGGAGGCCUGUGGGUAGGGAGCUCGCCGCGCGCUGCCUCGGCGGCCGCCUCCGCCAGGUGACAGUUGGCUUCCCGGCUGCCGCCGCCGCCUCGACGCCUCCUUGCUUCUCCUCACGAGCCAGGCCGGGAAGCGAGGACGGAGAGCAGGAAGCCCCCGCUGCCCGCUCGCCCGCGGCCGCACUCCACGGCCACCGGCAACAUGGACGGCAGGGCGGCGGCGGCGGCGGCCGAGAGCGGAGCGGGAUCCGCCGGCCCGCUCAGGAGACCCACGCGCCUGGCGUCGGUGACCGGGCCCGGGGCGGCCGCGGCGGCGGCGGCUGCAGCGACUGGGGCGGCCUCGUCGUCGAGCGCCGCCGGGUCUCGCCAGCCGAGUGUGGAGACCCUGGACAGGUGAGGGCGGGGAGGGAGGGUCGGGCCCCGAGAGGAGGCGGCGGGGGUGGCAGCGCCGCCGCUUUGUGCUCGCCGCCAGCCUUCUCAUUACGCUCCGGGGGAUUGGCUUGUGUGUUGUCGGAGGGAGGGGGAAGCCGCUCCCUAUUCCUGGUGUCCCUUUCGUUAUAAGAGCAUCGGUUGAGGAGAGAGAAGGGGUGGGGGGAUGGGGUGGGUACGUGGGUGCACGCGUGCAAAGGUGUCUGUGUAUAUGUCUGCAUGUUUAUAUACGUGUGUAUUUAUAUGGAUAUGUGCGCAUAUACGUAUGUGUGUAUGCAUAUAUGUACGUGUGUAUGCCUGUGUGUGUGUGUGUGUGUGUGUCUGCAUGCAUGUUGUUCGGAUGCCUGAUUAUCUUCUUCCAAAGCAACUACUCUAUUACCAACUUAAGAAUGGAAAGUGUAAAGCCUGUGGUCAACAACAGAGGUUUAAAGACUCUCUCAAAAAAAAUGCAACUGACAGUUGGGAAACAUUGGCCUGCAAGCGCUCCAAUGGGAGAGCAGCCUUUUCCAAAGGUGCCCAUGGGCUUUGAAGACGCUUGAAGUCAGGACGAAAGGUGCCAAGAGGAAGGCGCGUUUGGCAAACCCUCACCAUGAUCAACUCCCACCCGGAAACUUAUGUCCCUGCUUUGAAAGGACGUGUGGAUGCAGAACUGGCCUCCAUAGCAGUGGCAUAGCGUGGGGGGUGCAGGGGGGGCCGGCCGCACCGGGCGCAACAUCUGGCGGUUAGGGUUAGUGGGCGCAAAUCCACGGGUUAGGGGGCGCAAAUUACUUUCCUUGCCCCGGGUGCUGACAACCCACGCUACGCCACUGCUCCAUAGUCACUUACAGACUCGUCCUUAAAACCAUGUUUAUGGAAGAGAAUCUUACUCAGCUACAAGCAAUUGCCAGAGAAGAAGAAGAAGAUCUCUGUAUACUAUACAUGUAUUUUUACAUUUUUAUACAGUCAUACCUCGGGUAAAUGUGCUUCAGGUUGAGCAUUUUCAGGUUACACUCUGCAGCGACCCGGAAGUAACGGAGCACGUUACUUCCGGGUUUCGCCACUCUCGCAUGCGCAGACACUCAAAAUGACGUCACACGCAUGCACAGAAGCGGCGAAUCGCGACACGCGCAGUCGCGGGUUGCGUUCGCCUUCAGGAUGCAAACAGGGCUCCUGAACGGAUCCCGUUCUCAUCCAGAGGUACCACUGUAUUAUAAUCUGCCCUGUCAUCCUUUGGAUGGAGGGUGGUAUAGAAAUAAAUAAUAAUAAGUAUAAUAUAUAUAAUAUAGAGAGAGUGUGUAUUUGUGUGUGUAUACUAUAUAUGUAUACUAUAUGCAUGUAUGCACCUAUGUCUGUGUAUGUCUGUAUAUAUGUAUAGGUAUAGUUGUUGGCAUCCGUCUGUUUCGGAAGGCAGUUGAAGAGUGUGCCUUUGAGGGUGAAGUCGAAUAGUUGGAGAGUUACAGUGCCUGCUCUGCCAGUAGAGUCUGAUACAGGAGAGAUAUGUUUUGUUGCAGCUGGGGCAGAUGAAGUUUUGCUGCUACAGGUGCACCAUGGCAUUUCUUCUCUCUGUGCUUUUGCCAGUGGUCAUUCCUCCUCUGGUCACUGCUGUGGAUACACAAUGUGACUAGAUGCCUACCUCCACAAGAUGAUUGUGUCCUUCAAUGAAAACGUGCAUCAGUGUCCAGUAUGACAGCUUCUGACGCCUUCUCUAAAAAGAGCAAUGUGAAACAGGGCUGUGUUCUCGCCCCAAUUCUCUUUGGCACAUUCUUCUCCCUGUUGCUCAUAUGCCUUCAGCUGAAGACAGGGUGCACAUCCAUUCCAGGAGUGGCAGGGGCCAAGAAAAAAGUGUGGUGGGUCCUUAUGUUUGCAGAUAACAGCCUUGACAGCACACUCCAAGGAAGCGCUACAGAGUCUCAUCAAAUGUUUUGCCAAACCCCACAUAGAAUUUGUGUGUGUGUGUGUGUGUGUAUGUGUGGUUGUGGAUAUACACAUGAAAAUAGCCAAACUUGACACAUCCUGCUUUGUGGAGGCUAGUGAUAAAUGCACCCUCCAGCAUUUUAUGAGAUUGAAUGAGAGAAGUGAGCUAAUGGUAGACCCUCCUUCAUUAGAGGUUUUUUAGCAGAGGUUGGGUAGCCAUCUGUCAUGGAUGCUUUAGUUCCUGCAUUGCAAAGGGUUGGACUAGAUGACCCUUGGGGUCCCUUCCAACUUUACAGUUUUAUGCUUCUAUAAGCAGGCCCAGAAGGGCUUUAGAAGAGCUCUCCUGAGCAGCUGAUAGUGGUUUCAAGGGAUCCGGUGCCAUUCCAACUUCCACAUGAGUCUCUGUGUGUGAGAGAGAGAGAGAGACACACACACAGAGAGAGAUGCUUGGCUACUGCAUACUACUAAAUAACCUAUUAAUUUCAAAAGCUGGUCAUCACUUUGGUGGGAAUUGUGCAGGCACCAGUGUUGUGGCAUGCACUCCCUGCUGACAUACCAGAGGAUUCAUAUGUAGCAAUAUGAAUUAAAAGGCUGUUUCUGUGAUUUCUUGAACUGAUCCUCCUGUUUUAAUGGGAUUAUUUGAUUGUUUAUUUUAAUUACUGUGUACUUUUAAUUAUUCUUUAUCUUAACGGUAUUGUGUAGUUGGUUCUUAUGUUUUAUAAACUGCCUAGAAGUCAUUUGGAAGUUUACUAUUAAAAAUAAUAGUAAAAUGAUACAAUGCUUAGUACAUGUAUUAAUCACUAUUGGGUAUGAUGAUAUUAAAUGGUGUAUCCUAUAAACUAGUGCAAUAUAGUGACAAGGAACUGAGCUGCCAACCCUGAAGUCCCCAGUUUAAAUGCUGCCUCUGCUAUGGACUUAUUAUUAGGCAGCCUUAGGCAAACUGCUGUCCCUCCAUCUCCCCUUUCCUCACAACUCCCCUCCAAAUAGUGUUAUUUAUUUAUAUAACAAUAUUGACGUACAUGGUGUUGCUGUUUUUUUUAAAAAAAUGGUUUAAGUCCCAAACCCAAGGGACUUAUUCUAAAAUAGACAUUGAGAAGCAACACAGGAAGGGCUAAAUAGAGGUGGAGUAGACAGAGAAGAGGAGAUGUGCCUUGGGAAGUGUUCUUAGGACCAAAUAGAGAGGCCUGGAGGGCCACUUUUGGCAUGCAGGCAUGAGGUCCCACACACCUGAGGCAUAGGCACUAGGGGAUGAGGGAGCAGAAAGGAAGUGGGGAGUGGUGUGUGAGUUCUCCAUAAAAUUUAUAAUUUGAAAAAUUUCCGUUGGGUAACUUGUAUCAGAAUAUUUUCAAAUUGCAUCAGAAAAUUUUUCUAAUCCAGACUGAUCUAAUUUAAUAUGUGUAAUUUAGUUGUAUUUUUUAAUUGAGCUAACAGAAAGUAUCCCAAGUUUUUUAAAAAAUUGUCCAUAUCCCAGAAGUAUUUAACCUCUCACAAUGUGUCACAUACUUACUAGGGACAAUCACCUGAGAAACAAAUACAACCUUGACAUUUUGCUCAGCUUGCUUAAUAUAUUUGCAUUCAUUGUUACUAAUGAACCAAUGAGACAUAUUUUUUAAAAAAGAGAAAUAAAGUUCAGGGAAAAAUCCACCCCACAUCAGCCUCAUGAAUUUGAAAUUUGAUUUCCCCAGUUCUAGUACAACUCUCAACAACAUUGACUCAUUUAUAUAACCUGCCCUUUAUUGUGGACUUUCAUUAGGUUGAGGAAAGUUUGUUUUCCAUAGAAUAAGUUACUGAAAAUACAUUGUCUCCAUUCCCUUCAAUAUUUCACUAGCUGAAACUGGUUGUAGCAUAUCUCAAAUUCCCACAUCACUUCCCAGAAUCUGGCAGUCUUCUCAGUUUUUGAUGCCAAACCACUUCAGGCUGUUUCAGGAAAUUGCUUUCGUGUUUUUCCUGAGUGUUUAGGCAUUCUUGAAGAAAGAACCUCUUGCUAAGACUUAAUGGGUCAUCCAGUUAAAAUCCUGGGAUUUGCUAACCCUAAAAACCUACUUGGUCUAUAAUCUGUAUGCUUCUAGUUACAAAUGUUCAUGCUUAAACAGAUAUCAGUUUUCUCCUCUUGUUGUCCAGUUAUUUUUUCAAGUCAGAAGACUUUCCUAGUAUUAUUCUUUGCACAGUUUGUUUUUGUUAAUUGUUUUUGUCUGCUCAAUAGAAAAAUUAACUAAUGUUUUAAAAUACCAUAUUUUUCGCCCUAUAGGGCGCACUUUUCCCCCUCCAAAAAUGAAGGGGAAAUGUGUGUGUGUCCUAUGGGGCGAAUGCAGGCUUCAGGGAGCUAUCCGCAAGCCUGCGGAGCCCAGCGGGAACUCCCGUGGGCUCCGAAGGCUUGCGGAUAGGUGCUUGCAGCCCGAAGUCCGGGGAGCGCAGCACUGCUUUGGAUAGCAGCAAGCUCCAGGAGCGAUGGCAAGGUUGAGCGCAACCUCGCCUUCGCUCCCGGACCCCCAGCCCCGAGGCUAAAAACGAAGCCAAGACAGCUAGCGGGAUCUAUCCUGUUCGCUGUCAUGGCUUCUUUGCUCUUUGGGGCUCGGGGGGGAAAUAAUUUCCCCCCCUUUAUUUCCCCCCCCCCCCAAAAAAAUAAGUGCGCCCUAUGGGCCGGUGCGCCCUAUAGGGCGAAAAAUACGGUACUUCUUCAAAAAUUGCCUCUGCCUUUACAUACACCAGUUUCCCCAUUUCUGGGUUAUUAUAAGGAGUGCUCAAAAUGGGAGAGCAAGAAGAAAAAGCAGGAUGAUUUAAUAUAAAUAAGGCCACAUUUAAUUACAUCACUUGAAAAGACGAGAAAAUGUUUUAGAUCUGCUUUAUAAGUGGGAUGGUUUCCUACUCACUUCAAGCAUUGGCUUGCUGUAAUGUCUGUUGGGCAAAAUAUGUUUGAGGCUAACUUCCAGACUACUACAGUAUUUUGAAAACAUGGUUUGAAGUGCAUUUUCAAAAUCUUUCUUUUGCAGCUAGUGCUAACUAUAGUCUUUCCCUUUUGGAUGUUACUGUCAAGGAAACAUGGAAAUGGAGAAGGGAAUCUGCACAUGAGGGGGCAGAGAGUGGUCAUGCAAAUGUGCUGUUCAUUUCUAAUCUGUAAAACCAUGGUUUGAAGGAUCAUCUGAAUUAAACGAUUAAUGCAGAAUCUAAAUGUUCAGUAGUUAUUUAUAAAGUAAGAAUCUUCUGCUAAGUAACUUGUUAUAUAUUCUGUUCUUGUAGCCCCACAGGAUCACACGUUGAAUGGUGCAAGCAACUCAUUGCUGCUACAAUUUCUAGUCAGAUUUCAGGUUCUGUGCCCUCAGACAGUGUAUCCAGAGAGUACCGGGUAAGUCUUAGUUAUUCAUUCUUUUAAUUUAUGUAUAUGGUGCCACAUCAGUCCUUACCCCAAAUAAGAUAUGCAAGGGAAUGGAGAGCAAAAACAAAAAAUGUAUCUUUCUGUCAUCUGAGAAAAGGGUUAAGAUGAUAACAUGAAAGGGUAAGAUUUUAUAUGUGAAGCAGUUAGAUCUGAUAAACUGUUACUUUUUUGUGUUAGUGCCAUUUGAAAUCUAAAAUUGCCACUUAGUUUGGGUCUUCAGUGUGAUUGAUUGUGAGAAAAUACUUUUAUUUCAUCUUUCACCUUUGCUUUUUUAUUUUAAAAAGCAAGCAAAUUGCCAUGCAUUCUUCAAGUAAAGCAGCCAAAUGAAUAUUUGUCUUGUUUCAUUUCAAGCAAAUUAAGUCAUUUACCAGUGUUUUGUGGAUUCAAAAGGCAGUAGAUUCUCUCUAGAAGUAGGAAACUCUUUAAACUCCCGUGUAUAGGAAAUAGAUUGUUCCUAUACCUAGAGAUGAAUCUGCUGAAGCAUGCUUGAUCAGAUUCUAUUUUUAAAAUUCUCCUCUUGUGUGUUUUUCUCUAUAGAAGCAGUCAGAAUUUUGUACUUGGGAACUUCUGUAACAUGUGGCAGCAAAAUGUAAUGCUUUCUCUGGACCACGGCUGCUGCCUUGGAUAAAUGAAUGUGGCAAUUUUGGCAUUACAGCUAUUGUACGUUACCUGUGGAAUCUGAGUUUUUAGAGCUUGGAUUCAAUGUACUGGGGAAUUCUGGUGCAGUCCUCAAGAACAGAGAAUUUAUUUUAACAUAUCUCUGUUUUUGGCAAAUAUCACACACGUUUGAAAAGAGAGGAAUCUUUUAAAGUCAGCACCUUCAGGUAUAGAUGAUUGAGCCACUUAACAGUCAGUUCUCUUGUACUGGGGCAAAUUGCUAAUGCCAGGUGUAUCUGGAAUAAGUACAAGUAUCUCACAGCUUAUGUGCCUUUAACUUUUGCACAUUCAGCUUUAUGCACUUACCAUUUUUUUAUUAAAAAAAGGGAGUGGAAAGAUGGCAGACAUCUAGGAAAAAAGACCUUGGCAAUCCCACCUGCCAUUAAACCCAAUGUGUGUUGACUAUACAGUGGUACCUCAAGUUACAAACGUCUCAGGUUACAAACGCUUCAGGUUACAUACUCCAUUAACCUGGAAGAGUUACCUCAAGUUGAGAACUUUGCCCCAGGAUGAGAAUGGAAAUCGUGUGCCUGCAGCACAGCAGCAGCAGCAGCAGCAGCAAGAGGCCCCAUUAGCGAAAGCACGCCUCUAGUUAUUAUUAUUAGGUCAUCCGUUUUGUGAUUAUUUGUUGGCUAAGUUGAUGGUGUUCUGACCCACAUUUUUUCUUCUUUGUUUGGACAGCCAUGUUGUCCCUGUGAUUUUUAUCAUUUGAUUCCUUCCGCCAUGGGUCUUAAAGAAUAUCUUGGGCCCACACAGAGCAUGACUGUCUCCUUCCUUUUCAUCUUUCUUGCUCUAACUUUUGGUAGGGACUAUGCACUGCCAGCUUGGGUGCUCGAGGCCUACCUAUAAGGUGGCUAGAAGGAGACAUUUGUUUCUGAUUAUUUAAAAAGGCUAAAGUGGACAAAAAUAAAGGACACAUUAUUUAUGGUAUGAUAUAUAUUCACUUCUAAGAAAUUUUCAGGAGUAAAUUUAAAUUGUAUCAAGCUGAGAUACAAUCUGUUGUCAGGUAAGCAUAGGUACACAAAGCUUGCACAUUAUUAUUUAAUUUAGGGAUGGUGAACUGUCAUCCCCGCCCCCGUAACAGGUUGAAUUGGCCCACCCAGUAUUUUCCUCUGGCCUGCCAGCCCCCAAACAGUUUUUUUGCAGAGUAACAGCAUCAGGAGGACUGAAUGAAGCACCUCUCCUCUUCCUGCUAAUGUCACUAACAGAUUCGAGCACUCCUUCCUUAUUCCAGAGCACUUUGAUUACCUAGCAGUGAUGGUGGUCACAGGUCCUUUGCUGACCUGAAUUUUCUCUCUGUAACCCUGCCUCUUUCCAAUUGCAGCACUGGGCACUGCAGAGGAAACUUGCACAUGGGGAGGGAAACCACAUUGCACACUCUCUCCCGCCCCCCACCUCAAAGACCACUCUGUUUUUCAAAGCACUUUGAAGACGGGUGUAGCUCUGAUGUGUGGGGUUAUGGCAUGUGUGUGUGUAUAAGGUGGCCACAUCCAUCAGGGUUUGUGAUCUCCAGAAGGUUUUCUACAUUCAAUGUCACCCUUGGGCCAAAUAAAGGUUAACUGCCCUUGAUCAAAUUAUAGGUGAAGCCUAUUUCGGCUCCAUAUUUUUUUAAUGCAUGUAGAAGCAGUGGAAACACAUGCUCUUGUUAAAGUGUGAAGGUUGCAUUCAGUUAAGGCCUACUUGGAGUAGACCCACUGAAAUUAAUGUAUCUAAGUUAGUCAUAUCCAUUAACUUUAAUGCAUCUUCUGUGAAUAGACUAGUAUUGCGUAUCACCAAUACCUUUUUUUUCCUGUCACAAAUUAAAAUCUUUUUAAACAUCAGACAAACAAAUGUGCGAUCUUGAUGGUUCCUUAAGCAGUAUUACAAGAUCUGCUGCCAUAAUAUUCCACCCUUUGGGUUUGUUUAUUCAGCCCACCAUACUGCACCAACCUUGGAAGUGUAUUGAUUUGUUUUGCUUACCCUAUCAUCAUGGAUACAUAGGGCCUCAUGAUUCAUUUCUAUUUAACUGUGUCACAAGUGAGCAUGUAAAGAAUAGCAUGGUCAUUGGUAUGCUUCUAGUAAUAUGGGCCUGUAGGUGGUAUUUCCCAAAUGUAGGAUUUGAAUACGUGACUUGUUGGAUAAUAUCUGUAUUUUAACUAACAGGUAUACAGGAGGCCUACUGUAAGGGUAAGAAUAAAUGUGGCUAUUGGCAAGUCAGCCUUUUACCUGUUUUGUGUUUUUGUGCUGUGUUGAGAAUCCAGUGUGCUAAGUGUUCUUCUUUACUUCAUAAAUGGUCGGUUUAAACCAGUCGGGCCAUCUUGCUAUGCAGUGCAACAGCUUGUUUGCCAUAGAAAUGUUUUAUGUACAUUACAGUGUUGUCAUGAGCAGUAAAAACCAGUGUGUGAGAGUGCAGUAUAUUUAAGUUAUGUUGGAAAUGCAUGGUACUAAUUUAAGUUUUAUUACAUUAAUUCUGACAAAUAGGCCCCCUCAACUGAUGCUUACAUGUUUUGGAGCACAGAGUACUGUAUUACCAGUGUUAAUGUUUUCUGUGUGCUACAGAUAUUUGAAGGAACCAAAGAACAAACAAUACAUUUUAGUCUAUCCUACUUAAAUAAGAUUUCAAUCAAUGCUUGUGUUUAUGCACGCAUUCCCAUAUUGGCAAGACUCUUAGUGGAAAAUUAUAAAUCUGUGAUCCAAGUUAGGCACUGCUGCAAUGACAUACAUCUUUGUCCCAUAAUUGCUAAAAUGUGUCAUCCAGUGUUCAUUCUGGAUAUUAAAAAAACAUGUAUUUUUUUUUUGUUGCCUUCAGUUUCAAAUCAGCAAAUGAAGUUUCAAAUCAGGGCUGAGGAACAGUUGGAUCCUGAGCUCCCCCAUCACUUAAUGUCACCAUGACAUCAGGUGAUUUAGCUUCAAAGGAAAAAGUUAGGAACACACAUCUAGCAUGCUCCCAUUUCUUGAGGUCAAGCCCGGGUGCAAAACAAAAAUAUCCGUUUGUUGGUAUAGCUUGAAUUGAGCUAUGUCAUCCAAGGAAGUAUGCAAACCCCAUUUGCAGAAGGGAUUGACUCCUUGGGAGCUCUAGAUUGGGAGUUCCCAGAUGGAGCCAAUCUCUGCAGGGGUUGCAUUGAGCACCAAAUUGAAAAUGCUCUGCUUGCAGGGGAACAAUCAGGAGUAUAUUCUAACACUCCCGAUUGUUCCUUUGCAGCCUGCUUUAUACCUCUUGGGCCAGAUUAGGACUCUUGGUAGGCCUAAUUCUGCCUUCAGGCUGGAGAUUGCCUUUGCCUAUUCUAGAAAAUAGUGCAUCCCUCCCACCCCCAGGUGAAAAUAUUCCUCCCACUCCUUUGCUUUGCUCCUGAGAUAGCGCAUAGAACAGCCAAUUACCCAGUCUCCAGUGGUGAGUGAAAAUAAUUUCUAGGGGAACUGGCAGGCUGGCUGUUUAAAACUGAUGCAGUUGGCUCCCCCACCCAUUUCUAUACAAUAGUGUGCCAUAAAGAGCUAAUAUUCCUGAUCUAGCAACCUUUGAGGACUUAUUUGGAAGGCUAGCAUAGCAUAGGUCUGCUUCCAUUGAAAUCCUAGUCUCAUUUCUUGCUGGUCCUGGCAUCCCUCUUCUGUAUUGUUUUGUUUGGCAGAGGCACAUUCUUUGGAUGUUGGUGAUGCUUUCAAAGGACAAUAGAAUGUUAGGGGCCAAUGAAGCAUCUGGGGCAUAACUUUAGUUUCCCUCCAGCCGCUAUCCAGUCAUAGAAUGGGAGGAAGUGGAAGGUAAAUCUUGAUUUAGGCUGCUCCUCAAAAAGAGGAACAGUGGGUUACUACCUGCCUUUUACAAAAAAGGCUUAAAAUACAGCAUUUUUUAUCCUGCUCUCUAGACUCCCAGAAUGCUUACGUAUAAUUUUAUCAAACUAUUAUCUAUUGAAUAGUGAUACACAUAAAUCUAAGGACAAGGUAAAAAUGGUUACAGUUAAAAUUAUGUGCAAUUUUUUUCUUGCUAAGCUUUUUGGUAGUUCUUUUCCAGAUUGCAUUGCUUUAGCCUUCUCUUCCUGAUCUUUGCAUCUGCAUCUUCUUGUUCAAAACUAAAAAAUGAUAAUAUCUGGGACUGCCAGAAUUCUUCCUGCAGUACGAUGCAAGUGCAUCUGUAUUCUUCAGCAAUAUUCCUGAUGUGGGGGAAAUUUGAUUCAAAGUAUCAUUCUUCUCUUUAUAAAUGGAAAUUAUAAAAAUGUUGGAAAUCUUAAUUAUCUUUAGCUACUAGCAUAUUUUAGGUCAACUGAACAUUAUUUUAUGGUUUAAUAGGAAUUAUUAAAAAAGAGUAUUGUAGAACUUACGCAAUUGCUUCAAAACUUGGCCCAGCAAGGUGCCACCUUGCUGGGCUUGGGCCAUGUUUGCACAUUAUGUUUGGCAGCAAGCCAGGUGACUGAGAGAAAGCUUAUGGAAUUCCAUGUAGGUGGGCUACUGCUGGUGGUGGAGAUCAUUCUGUUCCUCCUCUGCCAGCUUGUUCUGCUUGCAUUCUGGCUGCUACUCCAUAGCCAGUACAGAAACCAAUCAUGCUGACAGAGGAAGGGCAGACUGACCCAUCUCUCCUCUGCUAGCCCACUGUAUUUUUAUUUUUUAUUUUUUGCUGGAUAUGUCAGAAUCAGAAACAGUAUUGGCCUGUGGUGAAGGGGCAGUGAUUCAUGUCUUUAUUACCAGGCUGCUGCACUCUUCUGCUGGAAACACAGGGGGAUGAAGCCAGCAUAAAAAUCAAGUAUGCAAGCUUGACUCCGUCCCCCCACCAGUCUUCUGUGUUUCUGUGUUGAACAUACAGAACACAAAGUCUCUUCCUGCUCAGUCAGCAUAGAAACCAAGCAGAAUGCCUCCUACACCAGCCUGCUGCAUUCCAGUUUACAGCCUUUUUACUACUAGCCUGAUUUUUACUUGUGAGUAGGGCUGGCAAAGGAGAGAUGGAGUGCUCUGUCCAUAUCUGUCUUUUUUAUGACUAAAAAGCAGGCAAGUAAAAAAUUUGUAGGCUAGUAACUUUUGGGGCCUAAUUUAUAGAGCUGCAUUAAAUUCAGCUUUGAGGUUUGAACACAAGAUGUUGCCUGUUCAAAUAAUAAUUCCUCCCAUUCAACAGUUGUGACCUGGAACUCACCUGGGCUUAAAAGCAAUCUCAUAAAGGAAGCUGUUAAUCAGCUGUCUCUAUACAAAGCAAAUGUUGUAAAAAUAUCAUGGUCUCCAGUGAAGUCUCUGAAAUGCAAAUACUUCAGAAAGCACCUCCUUAAAGUUUUGUCUGGAGAAGGAAGAAAUGCAAAGAAAUGGACCUUUAUAUAUUUUGAUGAAUUAUGUUCUUGCUGAUCCAGCUGGUGUGUGGAAAAAUAUUUCAUGCAACCAAAUCUUAAGAAACAAAUGAUCAGAAAUGGUUAAACCUGAUUCUAAAGUGUCUUGCUGGCAUAUCCAGCAGCAAUAACAACAUAGUAUCAGGGUUUGUGGUAAUGGGCAGAUCUGCAGAUGGGACCAUUAAGUUCUUAGCAGUACUUCAACUGUCUUAAUAUCUCUAUUGAGGAUACAAAUAUUUAAUUGUUUUAUCUUUAAAUAACUGCAUGGAUUCUCUCAUUGGUCUAUAAUCAAUUCCUUCUUUUAUGUCAAGCAUGUGGCCUACUUUAUACUCUGCAUUUUGUCUUUGCUAUUUUAAAGAUUGCUUGUUUCAAAAAAAGAAAAGAAAAGAAAAGACAGUACAUACUUUGUGUUCUUUGGUACCUGGACUUACGUUUGGAAGAACAGGAAUGUUCAUAUUCCAGAUCAUCCCAAUAUUUAAAAAAAUAAACCAUGACUGGAUCUAAUAGGUGCUAAAGUCUCUGCUUGACCUAUUUGAUUUUUGCAAGGAAUGGAAAAGCUUACCAAAUACAUUUCUUUUGGAGUAUCUACUGUCUCUGUUUUUAAAAUUCUCUCCUUUCACCUGUUAUGUGCAUGUUUUUUCUCUUACUUCUGCUUGCCCACUGCUGCAUCAUGCUAUUCAGGAGAUUCAGGAUGGACACAAUGGCUAUCCUUCUGACGCGGAAGUUGAUCAGGUGGCAAGUUUUACUCAUCUUUUGUUCACUAACUCUAUAGAAUGUCACUGUGAAUGUUGGAGUUGUGAAAAUUCUCAUUUUUGUUACCUACUCUUCAGAAGUUCGAGAAUAGUUUAAAAACUGUUUUUCAGUCCUUGUGAACAGUGGUGGACUUUGGGCUUUAAAAUUUCAGCAGCACCCUUUGCGAUGCCACAGUUUGGUGCCCCCCCACCUCUCACCUUCCAUUGCAGUGCCCUCUUGGUUUGGUGCGCAGUGCAGGUGAAUCAGUCACACACUCCCCUAAAUCCUCCCCCACUUGUGAAAAUUAAUACUUCUCUGAAGCUCUCUCACUUGAAUUGAGGAUGUAUAACACAUAAAGGUAAAGGUACCCCUGCCCGUACGGGCCAGUCUUGCCAGACUCUAGGGUUGUGCGCUCAUCUCACUCUAGAGGCCGGGAACCAGGGCUGUCCGCAGACACUUCCGGGUCACGUGGCCAGCGUGACAAGCUGCAUCUGGCAAGCCAGCGCAGCACACGGAACGCCGUUUACCUUCCCGCUAGUAAGCGGUCCCUAUUUAUCUACUUGCACCCGGGGGUGCUUUCGAACUGCUAGGUUGGCAGGCGCUGGGACCGAGCGACGGGAACGCCCCCCGCCGCGGGGAUUUGAACCGCCGACCUUUCGAUCGGCAAGUCCUAGGCGCUGAGGCUUUUACCCACAGCGCCACCCGGGUCCCUCCUGUAUAACACAUACUCAUAGCUAAAUGUCCAUUGAAGCUAGGGGGUAGUUUAGAGCAGUGCCAUUGUCUUGAGGCACAUAGCAGAUUAUAUCUAUGGUUUUCCCAUAAGCAUUGGUAAAUAUGUACAGUUCCUUUGAUUACUUUUAAAAUGUACUAGAACUGAGGCCAUAGGCGUAUCACUUCCAGUGGUAUGCAGAACACAGUCAUUCCAAGUGAUCAAUGCAGGCUGCUCCUUGUAAAAAGCACAUAUUUAAAGACCAUUGCCGACAUGCCCCAUUGCAUCAGGCUUUGGAUUGGUAACCUAGGGUCCUGCUCCCAUCUGUAUUUGGCACCUGUUGACCUAGGCCAUAUUUCCCUCACCUCAGAGGUGUAGCUAGGGGGGCGGGGGGCACUGGGCGCCACACUGUGGGAGGCGGCACUUACUGCAGGGCCUUCAGUGCGCCUGAGCCAUGCAUCUCUUCUGGAAGUAAUGCGUUGGCUUGGGUGCCCGCAGGCUCCGCACUGCCUGAAACGGCAGCAUGGGGGUUGCAUCUGCCCACCACCUCCCCCUCAGCUGUAAGGCGACUGAGAUUGAGGUGCCGGGGGAACUGUGUGCAAGGUCCAUGCUGCCCAAAACGGCAGUGUGGUCUUGCUUCAACCUGCUGCCUCUCCCUCAGCUGCCCUACAACUGAGAGGGAGGUGGCGGUGAGGUGCAGUGUGCCCUGCUCCUGCUUGCCCCGCCCCCAGGUGAAGGGCGCACACAUCACCCUGGGUAUCUGAGUGGCCAGCUACGCUGCUGCCCCCCUCCCCCAGUGUAGGUGACUCACAAUAGGAACACGUGUAAGGUCCACACUAGGAGUCAGAGUAAGAUUGAUACUUAGCUCAUUGAAUGCCUGACAGGGAUGGUCACAAGACUUUUAGCAUUUAAGGCACAUUCAGAAGGAAGGCCAUUUUCUCUGAGUUGCAAGUGAGGGAUAAAGUUGAGCUCUGCUGCUGUCCAGUAGCUUUCAGUAACAAGCACAGUCCAGUGAUGGCAUAGGUUUGCGACCAUUGCAGCUGUGCAACAUCUGCACUCCAGAGGACUCCUUCCUUCCUCUCAUUGCACUUGGCAACAGCAGCUUGACAGUGUGGGCUGUGGGUACACUGCAUCCCUGUGCUUUCCAGCUGUUGUGAAAGUAGGCAAGAGUGGGAAGUCACAAUUUCUGAAUGCUUUUUAAGUAACCUAUUAAUGUGAAACUACUUCAGUGUAAACAAGAAUGGUAAAUUCAGAUAGAAGUAAAACGAAGCACUCCUUAUUUCAAUAUAUUAGCCAAGAGUAUGUGUAACAGCUUGGACAUGUGCAGAGAGACUUUUGACUCUUUUUAUAAUUGAAAGAGCUGGAACCCUCUUUCUUUCUUGCCAUGUUUUGCUUCUUGAAGUCCCUCUGAUUGCAAAAGCAGUUUGCCAGGGGGAGGUGGGGAGGGCUACUGUUCAAGAAAAUAGGAAGCUUCCUUAUAUGGAGUCAGACCAUUGGUCCAUCUGGCUCAGCAUUGUCUACAAUGACUGGCAGCAGCUCUCCUUGCCUUGCCUUGCCUUAACUGGAAUUGCUGGGGAUUGAACCUGGGAUCUUCUGCAUGCAAAGCAGAUGCUCUACCACUGAGCUAUGGCUCUUCCCCUUAACUCAAGGUCAAAAUCCCCUUGGUCAUGAAGAUCUGAUUAAGCAGUUACUUGCAUCUUGGUCAUAAAGUCCAAACAUGGAUUGCUUGAUUGUAUAAAUAUAUAUAUAUAUAUAGUUGAGUAUUGUUCAAGUUCACAAAAGGAUUUUUAUAUCAAAUAAAUAGCGUUGGCUAAAAAUAGUUUAGGGAGUUACCCUUUAACCAUUAAGGUGCUGCUUAAAAUAUUACAAUAUCAAUAUAGGUGACAUUUUAUGAUUUUCAAUUAUUAUAUGAUUUUAUUGAUUUAUACCAUUUAAAUAAAUAAAACAUAUAAAAAACUAAUAAAUGUCCAUACAGAGAUGGAUCCAUGGUACAACAAACAUCAGAAUGACAAAAAAAUACAAAUUAUUGGACUUGGAAUAAUAUGUUAUUUUGAAACAAAUCUUAAAUGAAUUCUGUGAGUGAAGUGAGGCACAAAUUUUACAAGACCAGUGGAACUGAAUAUGAUUUAGUGGUGAGUGUUUGUAAUUAAAAACUUAUUAAAGUCUACAUUUUAAAUAUGCAGUUAAUGAAUCAGUAAGUUAAUUACACCAGUUAAUAUUGUAUGUAGGAUAAGGAGUAUAAAUCAUAGUAUGCCAGAUGUCAUAUUAGUAUUUCACAUCAAAAUCUGUUAAUGUCAAGUGAUAAAUUGGCCAAUUGCUUUUAAAAAAAUAAUUCCACCACACUUCCGCUAGAGCAGUAUUGCACAGAAACAAACACUAGUUCUGUGAACAUCAUUUGGACAUAUGGGAAGGCAACUGUUGGAAGGAUUGCAGUAUUAAUCCUGACCUGUAAAUCAGAAAUGCAGCAGAAGUUGUGGUGGACCUCUGCGAGCAUUUAUUUUUAAAUUGACUGGAUGUUUGUACAUGCCAGAACUUAAAAUGUUGCAAAUUUUAUUCUGAACCUUACAAGGAAAUACAUUGUGAUCUCAAAAAAAUAUCUGGGCAUGAACAAUCCACACUAUAUUUCUCCCCCAAAAUAGUACCAGUCAGGGGUGAACUCAAGCCAUGAGCAUGAUCUAAAAGUAUGGACAUAGAGUUAUUGCAUCAUGUGUAGUUUGAUUAAAACAUCAAGCCAUUUGGGUGAUCUGCUUAUUAUGGCACAGUGGUUUUAUGUGGUGAAAAAUUGUUCAUAAUCUGACUUACUGAAUCUUCAGUUCUUGUAAAUGCCUUAGUCAGACCUACAUGUGCAAAACUGGUAUUUCAUCAAGAUGCUGAUUGAUUUUCAGUGGGAGAUGGCUAGAGAUUAUUUUAGAAUGCUUUUGGUGCUUGCAUAAGGGACACUUGAGGCCCCUGAGCUGAAGGAAAUCCUCCUUUGCCACAGAGGACUGCCACUGUGGGGAGACCAUCCAUUGUUCCUUGAAUUGACUCCUGAGGGCCACUUGAACGGCUCUCUCCCACUAUCCUCGGUUCAGUAAAUACUGCUGUGGUCAUGAAGCACGAUUUUAAGCAAGCAGAGCAAAAAGCUGAACAGCUCAAUCAGCUCUGUUCAGCAAGAGCUGUGGCAGGGCAAAGCUGUGGAGUGUUUUAAAAAUGGAGAAUAAAAGCAGGCUGCACCAUCAAACUGCAGAAAAUAAAAUGGACUAGAACAAACGUUCAGUAAAAUAUUUCUUUAUUAAAGCUUCCAGAGUUAUCUGAUGUGCUUCAGUUCUGUAUAGCUAGUCAACCUGCUUUUCUUUCUGGGGAAUACUUUAUUCUCUAGAUAUUGGUCUAUGGACCAGAUAUAUAGUCUGCUUCACAAACAGAUCUUCUCUUGCACAGUUAGUUUCCAUAGUAAAGCUAGCUGGCAUUGCUAAUGGACUAAAUGGUCACUCACAUUACAUACAAAUAUGUAUAUUUACAUACUGCAUACCUGUUGUGUACAUUAAAAAAAUGUAUUAUGAAAGUGCAGUAUCUAGUUAUUGCAACUUGAUAUUUGCUUUUCUUAUGUAAAAUUUUAGCCAAAUGAUUUAUCAUUCCUUGCUUAAUUUUGGGAGGGAUUCUGGGGCCUGUGAGCCUCCAUUAGCAGGGGGGAAAUAUGACACAGGGCAGGAUCUGAAAAACAAACUUAAAAAGCAUUGAGUAGCUAAAAAGUGAGAAAAAAACUUUGAAAACAUUUGAUCAGCCAUAUGUAUAAAAAAUAACACUGCGAAAUACUUUGGGAGCUGUAUGUCAAAAUACCCAACAACUUACAAUAUUUGCCGAAUUUUUGUGUGUCUUGUAUGUGCUAAUUGGAAUAGUUGGUCUUACCUUUGUGUAGUUGGUCUUACCUUUGUGUGAAUGCUUUGCUACUAAUCCAUAUUGUAAAUAUUGACACUGUUUAUUCUGUAAAUCCAGUAAUGCUGCAUAAAAUCUGAGCAGAUUCUCUUAAUCCAUGGUUAAGAGAUCAGGGACAGACCACAGUGUAUCUCCCUCUCCCUCUCUACCUUUUGUAUCUUGGGAACUAAUUUCACCCUCUCCCAUCACUUUUGCAGCAAUAGUUACUAUACUUAAGUCUUUACCAGGGUUCCUGAUUAAACAGGCCUCCAAGCUGUUUUCAGAUCCUGGCUAGAUGAAAACUGGUUACGUUGAUUAGCAGUUGUUGAUGAAACACCACAUUUCAGCAAAGGAGAGGGGGAUUUUGCAUCCAAGUUGGAAGGGAUGGGGGAAGGAGAAUAAUUCACCCCUGAUUUCUUUAACUUCAAUUAUGUGUACAUUCACACUAGCCCGUAGCAUUAAAGAACUCUGCUUUGAAAAGAAAUCACUAUCUUUUGUAUUGCUACAGUAACCUCCUAGCAAAAGCACCUUGUGGUUGUUGUUGAUGUUUAAGCUCUGCAGAUGGAAUGUAAGAUUUACAUUUAGCAUUGGAUUUCUGCCAGGCACUGAGGGAUGGAAACAAGCUCGCCCAGAUGGAAGAGGCUCCACUUUUUCCUGGAGAAUCAAUUAAAGCUAUUGGUAAGUGGAGCACUGAGUGGCUGAGAACAUUGUUGUUUGUGGCCAAACACAAAAUGAAAGCUACUCAUUUGGUUUUAUAUAUUUCAGAAUUAUUACACUGAUCAGUUUUUAUUCUGGAUCCUUAAUCCUUUAUACCUGGUAUCUGAAGAAGUGUGCAUGCACACGAAAGUUUAUACCCAGAACAAACUUAGUUGGUCUCUAAGGUGCUACUGGACAAUUUAUUUAUUUAUUUCGGCCUUUAUACCUGAGUUAGGCCAUAGGAGAUGCUAAGCACAAAAGGCAAGCAUAUCUGAGAAUAAUUUUAAUAAACUAUAAAUUAGCUCAGAAAUUAGUAGCUGUGAGACUGAUGUGUCAAGUACUUGGGUACUCAAUUUUUCUAUGCAGCUUCAAGUACUUUUUCUUCAAGUUUUAUUUUUUCCAUUGUGAUAAUAUCACAGCCCUUUGGAGUAGAAUGCUAGUGGUCUAGAUUGGAUGGCAUACAACAUAUUCUCCCCCUCAACACUCCCCUUCUUUGGAAUAAAGGUUUGGAGUGUUCCUAAGGAUUGGAUUGGUUCACACAUAAUUUUCAUGGUCUUAUAAACUUUCUAAACUAUCGAAGCAAGAUGCCUCAGGCUUCCAUGCUGCCUACCUCCUUUCAUUAAUUUCAUUGCAAUUUGCUCCUUCACUUUUAAUACAAACCAUAACUUGACAUUAUGUUCAUGAUCAUACUCAGACCACUGUAUCUUCUCCCCCAUGUGCAGUAGGGGUAUAUGUGUGAGUAUGUGAUGUGCUCUGAAUGCUCACAGCACUCUGUACAUUAUUUAUUUGAUUUAAAGUAUUUUACCCUCCAAACUAGUCCCAAAGCAAUAGAAAAAUUAGAAUAAAAUAUAAUAAAAAGCAAGGAACAGUAAAGCAACAGAGAAGAUUGCAGGCAAACAUAGCUGGGAAUGGAGUUCAAUACUUUGGGAACUACUUGUGGAAAAAACACUCAUUUUGGUAGCCCUCUGCCUAGCAUUUGAAGGCAGAGGCUCUCACAGAAGGUAGAACUUAAUUGAUGUGCAGGUUUUGUUUAGAGAAAGCAGUCCUUUAGAUACCUAUCUUCCAGGCUGCCGAGGAUUUCAGUACUUAAAAGUGAAAUAUUUAGAGGGGGAACAUUUGACAGGUCUUGGCUUUUGAGACUGAUAAGGCAGAGAGUACAUGGAAGCAGCCUUGGAUACAAUUUAGGGACUCUGGUGUGGAAUCAAUGCAUGCCCAUUUUUCUGCUUGCUUGCUUGCUUCCAAGAAUAUCUUACCUGCCGUGUAGGUAAGCCCACAAAAGUUAUUAGUUGCAAUGUUUUUUCUUAGCCUGAAUUUCCAUGCUGGCAACAGAAGAUUCUUUCUCCAUUUCCAACAUGAAGCGCAGGUUGCUAACCUUGCAGCAAGAUGGGGGGGGGGGGGAAUGCCUUCUGCAAAGUGGGCUGGUGGAGGAGGGAUGAUGUAAUCUGUGCCUCUGUGUCCUCCAACCUUCUGCCGUUCUGGCCUGGCUGAAGAGAAAGGGGUCCGAAAAUAAAGUAAAUAUUAUGAAAACAUAAUAAAACUGUGGUGGCUGGGCUCACCCAAAGGAAACUAAACCUCGGCUUUGACCCUGGACUUCUCACUGCUAGGGGGAGUGGAGAGUGCGUAAUCAUAUGUUUUGCCACCAUGUAUCACAGAACCUUUUUAGCAUAACUCUCGGUAUUGCUUUAGUGCAAAAUGAAAUUGUUAGGUCAUAUUUUAUUCAUAAGGUGCUGUCUUGAAUCUGUAUCUGGGCUGUGAAGUGGAAAGCCAGAUUUGAUGUCUGCUCAUUUGCCUGCAAGAGAAGUUCUUCCAUGUGACUAAUUGACAGAACUUUCAGAUCUGCUUCUAAAUGUCGUUGUCAUUGUUGGGAGGAAUAGAAUGGUUCCCUCAGUUGCCAAAAGUUCGGCUUUCAGUGAAUGAGAUGUAGUUAUAAAGGUUCUGUUAAAUGUCAUGUUUGAUUUGCCAAGCUUAUGUGUUGGUCAUUUUGAAAUUUAUGACAUUGUUUGUCCACAGUGUACCCAGUUCUUCUCUGCUACCGCCAUAAAUAUGCCUUAUACAGUGGAACCCCAGGUUGCAAACGUGAUCCGUGCGGGAGGCAUGUUUGCAACCCGCAGCGUUCGCAACCUGCAGCGCCGCGUCUGCGUACAUGCAAGUUGCAAUUUGGCGCUUCUGCACAUGGCGCAAAGUGCGAUUUAGCGUUUCUGCGCAUGCGCGAGUGCCAAAACCCGGAAGUAACCUGUUCCGGUACUUCCGGGUUCGGCGCGGUGCGCAACCCGAAAACAUGUAACCUGAAGUGUCUGUCACCUGAGGUACCACUGUAGUUCUGAUUUUAGCUUCCAAAGUUCUGGAUUCUGAAGAUAUUAGUAGGGAAGUAUGCACACUAUGGCAGACAGUGGGACUGCAAUUCAGUAUAUUCUUAAGUGGGAGUAAGUUCCAUUGCAAUCAGAAGCCUUCUGAGUAUACCUAUUCAGGAUUGCACUGUAAGGCACCCUCAAAGUAGGAUUGUGCAGUGGCGUUUAUUACUGAAAAUGUAGAUGACUGUACAAAACUAUCAACUUAAAAUAAAAAAUUGUGUCCUUAAAAACAUUUUUAAUGUCCUAGAUGGUAUUCUUAUUUUUUGUAAUCAUCAAGUAUUUUACAGGUGACCCAUAACUUGCUAGGCUUUUGUUAAUUUUUAUUUUUUCAGUUAUGAAAAUGCCUACUUUUGAAGUGCUAUGAAAUAGGCAUUAUUUUAAAAAACUGAAAUAAUUGGCUGUAUAAACUCAGUUCAUUCCAUGUGUAAAUUCCAGCCUCAAAAAGGCAUUUAUUAGUAGAAGUUUUUUGCAUCAGGUAUUUUGCCUGUGUUCAUACAUAAUAAAAAUAAUCCUAUAGUUCGAUUUUUAGUACUAAUAAAGUGUCUUAUUUUUUCCAGCUAAAGACGUCAUGUAUAUCUGCCCGUUUAUUGGAGCCAUCAGUGGUACACUAUCAGUGACAGAUUUCAAAAUGUAUUUCAAGAAUGUUGAGAGGGUGAGCCCUUUUUUCUUAUUGCACGUCAUGCAUCUUUCUGCUACAGCCUUAUUCCUGUGCUUUCCUUUUCAGAAACUGACACAUGUAUAAACUAAGCAUAAAGUACUGUUUCAGCUUUAUGUGGCCUAAUAUAAUUGUAUAUUUUUAUCUCAAACAGAAUAUUACAUAUUUCCUCACACCUGCAAUAAAGAAAUGUGGUGUUUACUUUUUCUUCAAAUUUCAGGAUCCACAUUUUGUUCUUGAUGUGCCUCUUGGAGUGAUGGCCAGAGUUGAAAAGAUUGGAGUGCAGAGCCAUGGAGACAACUCUUGUGGAAUAGAAAUUGUUUGCAAGGUAUCAGUUUAAUUUUGCAGAAGUGUACUUAAAUUGUGCUUUAAUUUCAUUGUGGAAUCCCAGUGAUAUAUCUUAGAUAUAUAAGACGCUGUUACUUGCUUAUUUCUUAUGGCUGUUGUGAAUGCACUGGUGUAACUGGUCCUAAGACCUAAAGUUUAGAACAGGUUUUUAUUAAUUUUCAGAUAAACCUGGAUUAAAAGAGGAGGUUCCUUAGUACCACUAUUCAGUGCAAAAAAAUCUUUUGAAUAAUGUUUGUAACUGCUGUAAUUUUUCACUUAACAUACCAAACCUUAAGAUAUCUUUUCACAGGAUAUGAGAAACUUGCGGCUUGCCUAUAAACAGGAAGAACAUAGACUGGAGAUUUUUCAAAACCUUAUUAACCGAGCAUUUCCUCUUUCUCAUGGGCUUGUAAGUAUUACAAUUAGGAGUUCUAUACCCUCAACAUUGGUUCACUCUUCAAACUAUAUAGUGGGAGGAAUCUAAAUAUAGUAUUGUGGUGCUUAAGAAUUUAAAAAAUCAAUAUGAUUCUCACUCUUCUUAGUAGUGUAGUUAAAAGAACUUACAUCAGUAUUCAAAUAAGUUUUACUCAGAGUAGACCCGUUGAAAUUAAUAGACCUAACUUUGUCAUGUUCAUUAAUUUUGGUGGGUCUAAAUCCAUACCCACCACCUUGUGGGGCAUCUUUGAGAGAAGAAAAUUAAAAGGAGUAACCCCCCACACAAAUCCAGAGUGGAGUCCCUAAGAUGGUUGGAUGGCAUCUUGUACGCCUCCUUUCAGCAACACCUACAGCCAGACUGGUGCCAAACGUAUUCCUCUGCUUUUCUCUGGAGUACAUCAGUGAGGUUGAGAGGGGGGCCUUGUCAUCUGGGCAGCCUAGGACCUCCAUACACACUGCCCAGGCUUGCACCUUGGAGAGAUCAUAGCCACUGCAGGCACUGUGAUUCUCCAGUGGUUUGGUUUCACCUCAGGAGGCACACUCCAUUGUGUGGAAGUGAAUGUAUCAUUCUUCUCUAUUGUUGCUAGCCACAUGCACUUGGCAGAGUUGAUGAAAUUAAGAUUGUUGAUAUUUAUGAAGAAUGUUUUUACUGAGUUUUAAUCUCAGUGUAAAAUGCUCUUCUGAACUCUUAAGAAAUGAAGAGAGAAAUAGUGUAAUUAAAUAGUAGUAAUGUAUGCUUUUGUUUCACUGCAUUUAGCCACUCUUUGCAUUUACCUAUAAAGAGAAAUUUCCUGUUAAUGGCUGGAAAGUUUAUGAUCCAGUGGCAGAAUACAAGAGGCAGGUAGGUAAUGACAAUUUUCACUUUUAAAAAAUAAUUUGCAUUGUUUUCUAUUUUGCCUGAAUAUCCAUUUGUGGAAGAUCUAAAAGACUAAGUCAAGUACUUAAAAAUUUGUCGGCACAUUGCCGAUACUAGAUGGACACUGAAAAGUCAAGAACCAUGCCAUUUUCCCCAUUGUUUUCCUGGACAUAAUAGUUGGACUAGAGAGUGGAACUACACAUGUUAAUGCCCCACAUCCAGUAAUGCAGCCACUUCCUGCAUGACCUCACACUGCAUGUCCUCUGUGUGGUGUGCCACAAGAUAUGUAGACUCAUGCUUACUCCUCCUGCUAAUUGUGAAUCAAUAUUUGUGUGCACCUUUAUAUGCAUAUAGGCCCUGGCCUCGAGAGCAGUUAGUGGGGGGGAGUGCAUGUCGCCUUGUUCUUAUUUACUGUAUUUACAUAUUGCCUGUCUGUUAAUGCAUUUAGUGUGAGUUACUAUAUACAAUAGGUAAAGGUGAAGGUACAGCUACAUGAUCAAAAAAGGAAAGAGGAAAAUAAGCAAAUUCUGGCACCUCCUUUUACAUAACAAACCAAUAUGCCAGGAUUGUGUUUAAAUUUCCCUUUAGCUGUUAUAUGUCCAUCUGUAGCAAGCAAGUAGUUUGUGGAGAUGCAGCAGAGCUCUGCCCCUUUCAGACUUUGAACUAAGAUCUACUCGUGCAUUCAGGACUAAUACUGGUUUUCUAUAACCUUCAGAAGCCUUGUAAAAUAAAAAUUAAAAUUAGUUACAAUAUAAUUGUAAUGUUUUAGGUUUAAUUAAAUGUUUUAGGUUUAAAUUAAACGUUUUAGGUUUAAUUUUUGGGGACCCUGAAAUCAGAUGGGUAAACCUUGACUCCUUAAAACAUUGUUUUGCUUCUAUGCAGGGCUUACCCAAUGAGAGUUGGAAAAUAUCCAAAAUCAACAGCACAUAUGAAUUCUGUGACACAUACCCUGCUGUUCUUGUUGUGCCAGCUAGUGUAAAAGAUGAUGAUCUCUCCAGAGUAGCAGCAUUUCGGGCAAAAGGCAGAGUUCCAGUAAGUAAAAGUCCUGAGUUAGAAAACAAUUGCUGGUAUAUGGGUUAUGAUGCAGCUUGACACCUAAUCUGAGAGCUCCAAAACUAGUUGCCCAAUUCUCUAUUGGAAGGAAGACUAUGUGAACUAAAAAGGAAAACAAGAAACAGUCCUAAGCUGGGAACCCAAGUGUAAAAAGGCACUUAUAUUCUGUCUGUGCAAAAUGUGGUGGGAAGAUCACAUAAAAUCUACUUCAUAGGUUCAAAAAUCAGUUGGACUGCACUUCAGCAGUCUGUGCGAAGAAUAAUAUUUGAUGUCAGAAUUGGGACUAACAGAAAUCAAAAUUAUUCCUAUUGUGAAAAGCCAUUUUCUGAAGAUUGUCCUUCUGUGUUUAGACAAUAAGCAGUAAUGGUAUGGGAAAUAAUUUUGUAGGGGGUUAAUGAUCCACUCCAUGGUCCCAUUCACUGGUAACUUCAAGACUUGAUUACUGCAAUUCACUCUGUGGGGUUAUCCUCAAGAUUAGUCUGGAAGUUAGUGCAAAAUACUUCUGUGAGGUAUAUUCAUUCAACAUACUAUGCUUUAGUUGAAGUAGGUCCAUUGGCUGCCUCUCUGCUCCAGGAUAAGAUGCAUGGUAGUGUUGAUUGUUUACAAACCCUUAAAUAACUUGGGACCAGGCUACCCUUAUGCCCAUGCAGGGACGAUCGAAGGCUAACUGACACCCGGGGUGGGGCAAACUGCCAGCUGCACACACGUUGCAUCGCUAUGUAGGGCGCAUGUGCGGCAUCCCUACAUACAGCGCGUUCAUGUGACACUGCGCAUGUGUUGUACAUAGUGGUUUGCUGCUGGCGCCACCUGAGCACUGUACGGACGGUGGCAGGAUCCUGUGCUUGCAGCUGCAGUGGUGGUGGAGGAAUCCUCCACUUGCGGCUGUAGCAGUGACGGAGGGAUCCUACUUCUGUUCGUACGGUGCUUGGGCGGCUCUGGCAGCAAACCGCUAUGUACAGCGCAUGUGUAUGACACCGCAAAUGUGUUGUACGUAGUGGUUUGCCACGGCCCCAGCACCGUACGGACAGUGCAGCCACGAACGGAGGAUCUUCCACAUGCGGCUGUGGCUGUGCGAUGGCCGCUCACGCCAGUGCACCAUGGGGUGAGCACCCCACAGGAUACCUUCUUGUCACCCCUCCAGACAUGGCACCCGGGGCGAACCCCCCCCCCCCACCUUGCGACACCACUGCGCCCGUGCCUAGCCAUUAAGUUCCCUUGAGAGAAUUGUGUGUGUAUUGGGGAAGGGGGAAUCAAACAGCAGGCAAGCAGCAGGCAAGCUAUGCUGAAUUGCAAAAACACUUUUGAAAGUACUAUCAGUUCCAAAGGUGGUUUGCUAUUGUCAGGAAACUUCAUGCAGAACUGUAUUAUUAGUUUUGAUGGCCAUGUAAAAAAAUAUGUGUGUCUUUUGAUUUUUGAACCUUUAUUCUCUGUCUUCUUAUGACGUUACAUCUGUUGCUAAUAUGACUUCUGCAGUUGUUUCUACUGCAUAUACAUUGGUGUAUAUAUAUUUUCCCCUUAACCUAGGUGUUAUCCUGGAUCCACCCUGAAAGCCAGGCCACCAUCACACGUUGCAGCCAACCUCUAGUGGGCCCAAAUGACAAGCGAUGCAAAGAAGAUGAGAAAUAUUUGCAGACGAUUAUGGAUGCCAAUGCUCAGUCCCAUAAGCUCUUCAUCUUUGAUGCUAGACAGAACAGUGUUGCAGAUACGAAUAAGGUAGAACUAGCAUAAGGGGAAAACAUAUACAUUUAUUUAAAAUUCAAAGUGACAUCCAACCAAGUCACACUUUGGAGUAGGGCAGCUGAAAUUAAUGGACUUAAGUGGGUCUAUUCUGAGUAUGACUUAGUUCAAUAUCGCUCUGAAAUACUUAAAUUUUAAAAUGUUGAAAUUACCUUUUUUAUCUAAAAUAUUUUAAGGCCACUCUUUUAGCACUAAACUCUCACAGGGCAUCUUCCAUAAAAGAUAAAAUACAACAUACACGAUCAAAGAUACAAACAUGAAAAAUAUAUUUAAAAUUUGAAUACCAAUAUUAAUACAACAAUCAUAAUUCAUAAGAAUGAGCAAUAAUAGCAGUAAUAAUAAUAAUAAUAAUAAUAAAUUAAAAUAAAUACCAUUAGAGCUAACUAAAACAUUUUAAUGCUAUUUCAGCCCUAGUUUAUGCCAGCAUAACCAUAAUAUCUUAAGAAAAAACAAUUUGAAACAGAUAUCUCUCUUAAAUCCCACCAAAACCUUUCUAUUUUGCCAGGCCAAUGCAGGCAAUUUAAGAAUACUUAUUUCCAUAAUGAGUAUUUGACACCUGUUUUUAAUCUUUUAUGUGGUUUUUAUUUUAUGUAUUAUUGCUGCAAACUUCUUUGGUAUUUUUCUUUUUUAUGAUAUAGUGGUACAUAAAUAUUUAAAGAAGUAAAUAAAGGGCCAUAAAGAAGGGGCCAUGCACAUCUCCCUUGAAAUAGAAUUCCGUAAGUGUGAGGCCACUGUUGAGAGAGCCCUUUCCUUCAUGCUUGCCAGCUAGCUUUUUCUCCCUGGUGGGCAUUCAAGAAAUCUUAAAUCUUAGAGAUACAUUUAAAUUACUUAAAAUGUAUUUUCAGACGAAAGGUGGCGGCUAUGAAAGUGAAAGUGCCUACCCAAAUGUGGAGUUGGUUUUCUUGGAAAUUCCAAACAUCCAUGUAAUGAGAGAAUCACUGCGUAAACUGAAGGAAAUCGUUUACCCUACCAUUGAUGAAUCUCGAUGGCUGUCCAAUGUGGAGAGUACACACUGGCUGGAAUACAUACGGGUAAUUGACUUGUUGAAAAUAUAAAUUGUGGGUUUUUUGCUUUAAAAUGUUAAAAUCUUUCUCCAUGUGCUAUUCUUUUGUCACUUCUUUAUAUAAUCUGAAAAGGGGAAAUGCCUUGAUUCUUCAGAAUCUGGGUUUUUCAGAUUAUAUAAAACUACUGCUAUAUGCUGUUAGUGUGUAUUAUAGACUCCAGUAGAAGCAAUCCUUAUUUAUUUUUUUAUCUACUUAACGCUGUUUAAAACAUUUGUAACCCAUUUUUUUUACAGUUUGACUAGGUAUGGGCUAUGCCUUUCUACUGUAGGACAGAGGAACUGACGACUACUUACCCUACACCUAAUUCAGCUCAAGUUUUGGGAUUCUUGGCCUUGGCAAUAGGAUAACAAAUAACACCUGCCCGCCCCCUCCCUGCCCUGGACAAAAUUACAAAGCCAUGUAGAUAGAUAAUUUAUUAUGGUCAAAGACCAGCUCGCAUAACACAAUAAUGACAGCGUUCAUGAAGAUAAAAUAUACAAUUGAAGCAGAUUGCAGCAAUGGCUCAUGAGUUAAAAUUGAAAUAUAUACGUACACCCAUACAACUGAGAUUUGGGCUACCAUAAAAAUUGAUCCUGAGGCGCCCCAAAGGGUGACUUUAGCUUUUCCCUAGUAAGUUAUUUUAUUCUAGAGGAUGAUCUGUGCCUACAAAUCUGGGUGCAGAAUCUGGCUACCAGCCAGGUCGUCUUGUGAUCUUUGCCUAAGAGGAGAGAAUUAAGUUUAGCCAUGAACGGCUGACUUAAUUGCAGUUGGAAGCCUCACCACAUUUAGAGUUUGCACAGCUCUUUUAGACAGUUGAGUGUUUCAUAAAUGUUAGUGUAGUUCCUACAACAAUCUUAUAAAAUAGCUCAGUAUUAUUUUCUCCAUAUUGCACUUGCAGGACCAAAACUGAGCGAUGAUAGCUUGCCAAAAGUCAUCUAGUGACUUCAUAGCAGAUAAGAGAUGUGAAUGCACUGAUUGACACCUCAGUCUCACUCUGCUUCACCAGCCCUCAUAUUUAGGUAGGAAUUACCAGGGAUCAUUUUCACUCUUGAACAUGGCUCUGUUUCUUCACAACACAGAAAAUGGGCACACACACAUCUAGACAAAUCCUCUGCCAGCCUCUCUCUGGCAAACUGCCACGGGAACUACAAUUCUGCUUGGCUAACUACCAGAAGUGCCUUAUUUGCAAACACUGCAUACCUUCAUGGCUUUCCAGCUAAGACAUGCAGUGUCAUGGUUUAGUUUGUAUAUUGUCUAUGGAUCAAAGCACAGAUGCCAAUAGAGAUAAACACUGACUUCAUUGGAAAUGGGCUUCCUUUUAGUUUGUUAUCUAGUGUUUUUGUUUUUUUAUUUUUUAUCCAGUUUAUUGAUUUUGAAAAGAUUUUGUAGAUGGUGUUUCUUAACCCCAAGCAUUUCAUGGCAUAGCAAGAUAGAACAGAAUAUUUAUUAGUGUCUUGAUAGUCUUAAUAACAAGCUGCUAAUAGAAUUUAUUGACAUCAGAAAAUUCAGCAAAUGGUAGUUUUGUAAAGAGAAAGACGGCAACUCCAUGUUAUUGCUUUAUAGAGAACUGAAAUUGUUAAUUAAAUUUCCAAAUCUAAUGGGCAGAAUGUGAAGUUUGCCCUGUCUAAAUGUUAGCUUUGCGGAUUUUAAAAUACUUUUUUUGUGGGGAUCAGCUUACAUUGUAUAAUGGUGCUUUCAACUCUUACACAGUAAAACCUGGGUUGUUGAACAUAAGCAGUUCUGGAAGACUGUUAGACUUCCGAAACAUUCGACAACCGUGGCACGGCUUCUGAUUAGUUGCAAGAGCUUCUUGCACUCAAGCGGAAGCCACUUCGGAUGUUCGGGUUCUGAAAAUCAUUUGAAAACCAGAGCAUUUACUUCUGGGUUUUCGGCGUUGGGGAGCUGAAAUGUACAGUAACAGAGGCGUUCGGGAACUGAGGUUUGACUGUACUGCAAAGUUUACCUACAAGAUCACCUUACCUUACAAGUGCCCACUCAACCACUUCAAUUAGCAAAAUUGGUACUAUUUCAGGUGGCAUAUAAUAACUGUUCCACAUUUGUAAGGAUUCAAUUAUCUAGUGUGGCAAUGCCUACACUUUGGAAGUCCCUGCCUAUUGAUAUCAAGCAGGUGCAUUCACUGUACUCUUUUUGACACCUGCUAAAAACAUUCCUAUUCAGACAAGCCUACCCAGGUGCUCAGAAAGCUGAAGUAAUUUUAAUGUUUUAGUAUUUCAACUUUUUAUGUUUUAAAGCAGGGUUGUAAUUUUUUCUUGAUUUUACUGUUUUAUCUUUUGUAAUCUGUUUUUAGGCUUUUUUUUCUUUUUUACAAUCAAGUGGUGUACAGUGGUACCUCGGGUUACAGACUCUUCAGGUUACAGAUGCUUCAGGUUACAAGACUCCGUUAACCCAGAUGGAUGGAUAGAUAGAUAGAUAGAUAGAUAGAUAGAUAAUUUAUUACGGUCAGAGGCCAGCUUAUAAAACACACUUGGGGUUACAAUCCCAGAAGGAAAACAAACAUUUAAAACAAUGUACAACAAUAAAUUUAAAAUUUAUAAAUGCGGUAAGCAUAUAGACACUUAAAACUUUAAGAUAAGCUACCGCAGAGAGAUGACCCAGAGUCACCCAUGGAACCAAGUUUGGGGAUUUUCUUAACAAACUAGUUUGAGUCAGGGGAUGGUCUGCGCCUAGAGAUCUGUACACAGAAUCUGGCGACCAUCCAGGUCAUCUUAUGAUCUUUGCCUAACAGGAAAAGGUCGAAUUUUUGCUUUUCCAGGAGGUCAGCAAGCCUCACCAGCAAGGGAUCAAUGGUCUCACUACGUGCCUCUUCAUAAAAGGGACAUAUAAAGAACAAGUGCUCUGGGCUUCCUAUAUCCCCCAAUGAACAGGUGCAAAGUCUCUGAGCAUAUGGGACUUUUUAAAAGGAUCAUUCCAGGACUGGCGAGGGCAGAGCCGAGCUUCUGGCGAGUGUAAAAGCCCUUAUAGCAUUUUUGGAUAUGAGAAAGAAGAGAUAUGCUGCCGGUGUGGCUAUAUAUCUCUCAAUUUCUCCAAUUUUAUAGUCGGGGCACCUUGAGCACUCUUGUUGUCUCUCGGUGUCUAUGAUUCUUUGCCUGACCAUAGCUUUUGCCUGGCCCAACCCCAGACUUAGAAGGGCUUGAGGGGCAAAACCCAGUUUCUGAAGGGUGUUCAGGACUGCUGUCUGCCAGCCUGACUGGAACUGAUCACAGAGGAUCAGUGGGGCUAUUCAUUGGGGGAGCAGAUUCAAUGUCAAUGUCAGUUGUAGAUUGAUGUUAGGCAGAUAUAAGCCUCCACUCUCACCAUCCCCGUUUCUAGUCUAACCCAUGUGUUUGAAACACAUCUGGGGACUUGUAGAAAAGCUCUAAGGAAUUUGGAUUAAACUCUCUCAAGGGGGAGAAAGCAGAGGAAGGCGGGCCCAGAAAGGAUCCAUAAAGGAGCUGUGCCAACGUUUUGGCCUUGUAUAAAAAAAUUAAGAAUACAGUUUACGGUUUUUCCCGCUGAGCUCCCAAUGGAGUUUAUGUGAAGUCUGUUGGUUCCUGAAGCCUGUACCACCAUUCAUAGAUACUUAUAAUUUGUGACUUGUUCUAAUUUAUGGCCUUGAAGUUCCCAGCUUCUAAGCUUUGGUUUUUCCCCAAAAGCAAGUAUCUUGGUCUUUUGAUAGUUAAUUUUGAGACAUUCAGUUUCACAGUAUGCUGCGAGCUUUCUUAGUGCUCUUUUGAGUCCAGUGGAGGUUCUAGAUAAAAUUACCGCAUCAUCUGCAUAUAACAGGACCGAAAUAUGCCGAUUUGUGAGCUUUGGAGGGUGGAGUUCUAAGUCAUUGAGUGCAGAUACUAAAUUAUUUAAAUAAAAAUUGAAUAGCACCCUUGCCUGACUCCUUUGAAGGUUUUAAUGGGGUCUGUUAGGUGUCCUAGGCAGAUACACCUGACUCUAAGAGCCGUGUUUGCAUGCAGUGCCUGAAUUAAGAACAGAAGCCUUCUAUCUACAGUGGUACCUCGGGUUACAUACGCUUCAGCUAAAGUGGUGCUUCAGGUUAAGAACAGUUUCAGGUUAAGAACAGACCUCCAGAACGAAUUAAGUUCUUAACCUGAGGUACCACUGUAUAGUGGUACCCUGGAGUCUAUCCCAGAGUCUGGUUCUGGAGACUGUAUCGAAGGCUGCUUUUAGAUCAAUGAAGGUGGCGUAUAGUGAGGCCUGCCCUCCUGAUUUGUAUAUGUCAAUGAGAUGUUGUAACAUUAGACAGUGAUCUGCCGUGGACCUUCCGGGUCUAAAGCCCACUUGUUCUAUUGCCAGGAUAUCUUCAUUCUCUAGCCAUUCUGUAAACUUAUUAAGGAGGUGCUUUGAGUAGAGUUUACUAAUCACACUUAAUAAGCUAAUUGGCCUAUAAUUCGCUGGGUCUCCUCUGUUGCCCUUUUUAUAGAAUGGGACUAUUAUGGCUGUUCCCCAUUCCCUUGGGAUGUGGCCAGUGUCAUCUAUGUAAGUAAAGAGGAUGGCUAAGAGAGGUGCCUACCAAUCCGCCUGUGCUUUUAUCAUUUCUGGCGUAAUGCCGUCCAGGCCCAGGGCUUUGGCCGUUUUCAAUUGGUUUUUAUAUGAUUUCACUUCAGUUACUGAAACUGGUGGCCAUUUAGCCAGUUGUUCUAUAUUAUAAUUCUGUAACGUAGGUUCAUCAUCCUCAUACAAAGACUGGAAGAAUGAGACGCAAAGGUUAGGGGGAAUUUGUGAGGUUAAGGGGGAAAUAGCCUUAUGGGUGCCAGAAGCUACCAGUUUCCAGAAUAGUGUCUGAUCUUUUGCUUUUGCCGCACUAAUUAAUUCCAGCCAACAUUUUCUGGUAUAGGCGUUCUUUUGGUGGAUUAUUAGGUCUUUGUACUCUUUUUUUUAGGGCACGGACAGCAAGAUAGGCUUCCUGUCUGACAGAAUUUUUGGCUGUCGGGGCGGUUUUGUAAGCAUUUUGCAGGGCUCUCUUGGCCUCAAAACAGGUGUGAUCAAACCAGGGUUUAUUUGAUGUUAUUGGUUUAGUUGGCCUUUUCUCUGUGGUAUUAAAAAGAUGGGGUUUUAAUUGUUGGAGCAGGCUAUGGCAGGAGCCUCUAUAGCCGUGCGUCACCUCUCCAGCCGGGAGAGCGCGCGCGGGGCUAAAGAAGCCAUAGCCCCGCGACCCUCUCCCAGCUGAAGAGGUGAUGCGUGACUAUGGCAGCAGCCUCUCCGCUGCGUGCCUUUCCGCUACUCUCCGACCUGCUUUUUGGGGCUGGUGAUGGGCUUCCCCCCGCCAGCCCCAAAGAGCAGGUCGAAAGGAACCUGAAGCCUGGAGAGCGAGAGGGGUUGGUGUGCACCGACCCCUCUCACUCUCCAGGGUUCAAGGCAGCCGCCUGAGGCGACGGAACGCACCUUAAACGGCACCUUUUUUAGAGGGGGAAAACAAAAGGGGGGAAAUUCUCCCCCUCUCUGCGCAACGCCUCCUGCCGCUUCGCUGAAGGGGCGCUGGGCAGAGAGGGGGAGAAUUUUUUUUCUUGUCCCCCCCCCCUCUAAAACAAGGUGCAUCCUAUUGUCUGGUGCGUCCUAUAGAGAGAAAAAUACAGUACUUUUCUUUGAGCAUACGAUGGGUGACCUUUAUUUGUGGGUAGAGUUGUGAAGGCAAGUUUGUGAUUAUUUAACGUUAGCUUCCAGCGAAUCUGUGUUGUUUUGUCCUGAACCUUUUUUGUUAUGUUAGGAUAGACGGGAUUUCCUUGUGACGCCAUGAGAAGGGUUGAUUGCUUGGGAGCAGUGUGUGUUCUGCUAGGGCAUGGGGCUUUUCCUCAGUGCUUUAUCGGUGCACAUGAGUUUGUGAUUUUCUUUUGGGUUGUAGAAGCUGAGUUCUUUGUUGUUAUAUUCUCCAGCAGCUUAAAGAGCUUUUGGAAAUUCAUUUUUUUAGUAUGGCGGGUCGCCGUUCCUUUCGGCCUCCCAAUUUGAUGUUUUUGGUCUUUUUCUUUUUUUGCAUUGGGCAUUUUCUCUUUAAGGCCAGUUUCCUGGGAGCAAGGGACCCUCUCUCCUGCACUGAAUUGUUUCUGUUUGUUUUUUUGUAAGCGAGUCCUGGCUUGGUUUCAUCUUCAUUAGUCCUAUUACUAGAUUUCAUGUGGGGGAAAGCGACCUCACGGCUCUUAAUUAAUUCAGUUAGGGUGGUAAGCAGGUUCAAGCUUUCCAAAAGGAAAUUUUUAAUUGGCUCAAGUUCUUUGCUUAUCUGUGUAGAAUGGAUUUUGAGUAACUCUUCAAACAUCCCUGACAGGUAGAAGAUAAAGUUGUCCGGGUGCUGUAACCUUGGGCUGUUUGGCCAUUUGUCUGUCUCAGUCGGGGGAGGGUGCCUUAAUUUCUCUCCUGAUAGAGAGGGGAGGGGAGGCUCGUUUAACCUGGCUUCUAGGUUUUCCAGGAGUAGCUCCUGUUCUAGACUUGCUUCAGGUCCCUCUUUGGCUAGCUCAGCUUGUUCGGUUGCCAGGUCCACUCCCUCACGUUCGUCGUUAGUUUUUUCCUCCUUUCCAAUCCAGGUAUGGUCAAAAGACCACUCAUGAGAAGGAAGGUUUCUUGGAUUAUUUGCUUCAUCAGCCUUGGGUUGAAAGUAGGUUGAAAUCUUGGCCUGUUUUUUCUUUGGGGGAGUUGUUACAGGUUGUGUGGGUGAAAUCCCCAAUUCCUUGCAACAUUGUCUUGUAAGUACCAUGCUCGGAAUCAGAAAUAAAUAGGGCUACAUUAUCCAGCCCACAGUUUUAAGGACUUUGCAAGGGGGGAGUUCAAAGUUGAUUUAAGUAGCUUCAAAAGGGAGGGGAGAUUUGAAAAUCCGCCUGACAGCUCUCACAGUCUUUUACUGAUAAAAGUUGGCAGUUACUUUCAUAGGUUGAGCCUUUUUAACAGAGUAAUUUGAUAAUUAGAGCUCCUACUCACACAGCAGAGACUCAGUGGAGACUUGACCAGGUGCCAUCAUCUCCCAGAAGUCAACCCAGAAAUAGUACCUCGGGUUAAGAACUUUGCUUCAGGAUGAGAACAAAAAUCGCAUGGCUGUGGUGCAGCGGCAGCAGGAGGCCCCAUUAGCUAAAGCUGUACCUCAGGUUAAGGACAGUUUCAGGUUAAGAACGGACCUCCAGAACGAAUUAAGUUCUUAACCUGAGGCACCACUGUACAAAUUUUAGGAAGCAAGCAAACAAACUUUCCCACAGGUUAAGCAAAUGAUCUAAUCUUGAUGUGCUUUCCAGGCAGUUGUAAUUGGGAUUUAGUAUUCAUGCUUGCCAUAGUUUUUAGAUAUAUUCUGCCAAGAAUCAUUCACCCCAUCUACCUGAGAAAUGUUGAUGGUAAUGAGUUACACCACUGCAACAGUUUAGUGCAUUGAUCUGUUCAGCAUUGUGUGUGCAUGUAAUGCUAAACCUUGGCUUAGCAGUACAAGGACAUAUUUCCACACACUGACUUUAUAAUAAUAAGCCGACUUCAAGCAAUGGAUUGUGAAACUCUGUUAUUAAAAUAGGCUAGAGUAUGAUAUAUUAUUAUACAGUGGUACCUCGGGUUACAGACGCUUCAGGUUACAGACACUUCAGGUUACAGACUCCAUUAACCCUGAAAUAGUACCUCGGGUUAAGAACUUUGCUUCAGGAUGAGAACAGAAAUUGCACAGUGGGGGCGUGGUGGCAGCGGGAGGCCCCAUUAGCUAAAGUGGUGCCUCAGGUUAAGAACAGUUUCAGGUUAAGAACAGACCUCCAGAAUGAAUUAAGUUCUUAACCCGAGGUACCACUGUAUACCCCUUGAUUGCAGUAAAACCUCUAAGUGGUUUACAAGAAAUGUAACACUAAGAUUCUUUUAUAUGCGGGACUAAGCUUUGCAGAAGCCCUCCUACUAGAUGCACAGAAGGAGGUGGGGUGGGGAGUCUGCAUGAGCUUGAUGCUUUGUUUGGGAUUGUGGAGGUUUGUCCACAUAAUAGUAAACCAUGAUUUAGCAUUGGAUAUGAAUGCAGCCUAUAUGUCAUUUGUGGAGGUCUAUCAACAGCUGUUAGUAAUGAUCAGGCCUGUGCAGAGCUUGUCUUAGACCCAGGGAGGGAGGCUUGCUCUUGGCAUGUCAGUAUAAGUCUGGCAGGCCGCUGGUGGGGGUGCCCCUGGCUGGCUUAGCCCUCCUAGGCCCAAAGCAAAUGUACUUGGCUGCCCCCCUGCACGAGCCUGGCUACGGUGACUAAAUCAAUACUUGCAUGUUUGGCAACAGGAUGCCUCUAAAUGCUAGGCUCUGGGGAGAAACAAGAAAAAGCCAUCCCUUCUUGUAAGGUCCCUCAGGCAUGCAGCUGGGCACUUCUGGAAACAGAAUGCUAGACUAGAAAGGUCUUCAGUCCAAUUAUGCAGAGAUGCUGUUUUGCUCUUAUCACAAAAUGUAUUAUAGCCGAGUUUGCUUUGGUGCGAUAUUUCAACUUGGAACCGUCUUUUUAAAGAUGCUUCUUUCAGGAGCCGUGAGAAUUGCUGACAAAAUCGAAUCUGGUAAAACAUCAGUGGUGGUGCACUGCAGUGACGGCUGGGACCGUACAGCUCAGCUGACCUCUUUAGCCAUGCUGAUGCUAGACAGCCAUUACAGAACUAUCAAAGGCUUUGAAGUCCUCAUAGAAAAGGAGUGGAUGAGUUUUGGACAUCGGUUUGCAAUGGUAAUUUCAAAAGGUUUUUGAAUUUCUCCUAUCUAUAAAAUUCUGUAAAACUUGUGCCACCUGUCUAUGUAAGAUCUGCUCUUUACCCACCAGGAUACUAAGCAUGACAUGAAUCAGUUUUGGUUGUUAUUUCAGUGUAGCUUAUUUAGUAUCUAAUUGUUGGAAGAAACCUAGCUUUUCUGAUAACUCUUCUUAAUUGUUCUGGGGCAGUUUUUUUAAAAAGCUAAUUUAAAUACAUUUGACAAAAAAAGAAAAAGAAAAAAGGAAGUGUGGCUCCUGACACUCUUUCUUCCUCACUAGCGUGUAGGUCAUGGAGAUGAUGAUCAUGCUGAUGCUGACAGAUCACCCAUUUUCCUUCAGUUCAUAGAUUGCGUUUGGCAAAUGACAAAGCAGGUAAGGAUAUUUUUCUAAUUAUAUCUUCUCUGUUUCUAAUCCACAUAGGAAGUAAUGCUUUCUUUCGGGGCAGUGAAAUUUUGGAACUAGUUCAGUGCACACAGCAGAGUGAAAUAAAUGUAUGCAGAGGUGAAAACAUCUAAAUUGGCGGGUUUUGCAAGAUCAACAUUAAGAAAUUACCACAAAGGGGCCUGUCAUCCUAUGAGCAAAGUUCUCCCCAUGGAAAGGCUGCUCCUAGCCUCCAUUAACCAAAAUGGCAGUUUUCAUCAGUUCCCCCCUGCCCCAAAAGUCUGGUCCAGAGGGUUGUAGGACCCUGGACAACAGCAUAGAUGUUCGUGUUACUUCCCUCUUCAUCAGUAGAAGCCUACAUCAGAUCAAAGGCCCAACUGUUCAUGGAAGGAUACAACUUAUUUAUUGGUGUUUGAUACCUGAACGUUUAAUAAAGUUUUCUCUGGCAUGACAUGAUAAUAUAACAAAACAAAAAUAUUUUCUGGAGAGAAACAGAAAUUUGAGAGUGAAAAUUCAAAGCUUUUUGAUUAACUUGAGUUCACAUGGAAUGGAUAACCUUGCUUUUAAUAUGAAUACAGUUUGGGAAACUGCUGUUUGUGGCCUCUCUGUGAUAUGUUAGCCAGUUUACAUACCAAAGGCAUUGUAUACAAACUCUUGUGUUUUGCCUAUUUAGGACCACAUUAAUAGUGAUGCAUUCUAUUUAUCAUUGAGGUUUAGAGCAGAUUUUAUAAAAUGGAUGAUGCUUGCAUUUCUUUUAACAAUGCACAAUACCACAAAUCUGUAUAACUGUCAUUUUAUACUUAAGUUCAUAUUCCCAAUAAAUUGAUUUGAGGAACUGUGAACCACAUCUCAACACUGCUUCAGCAUGAUUGUCACAGAGAGCUUAUUCUUCCAAAGGCAGUUGCUGGUGCCCUCUUGCUAGAUCUAAAUUAAUUCUGAACUUCUGUUAUGUAAUUCUGUUGUGGAUUUAAAUAAUACUUCUUUCAAACUCCUUUACAAACAACAAAAUUCAUCUCAAGCUGCCCUUCCUUUAUAUUUUGCAUUGCAGCUUGAAAAUUGGGACCUUGUUAUACUUUGCUACUCUGCAAAAAGUCACUCACUUAUUUUUCUGUGAUUUGAACUUUGCAUGAAUGAGGUGUUUAAUGUUACCUUGUUUGUUUCAGCAUUCUCAGUUAAAGGAUGUUGCUUCUUUUUUGGAAAGUCAUGCAACUAUUUUUUGCAGGAGAAAAUUUUCCAAAAUGCUUUGAACACCUGGAAGCAGCAAAAACCCUUUAGGCGCAGACCCUUAACUCAGAACAGCCUUGUUGUUGGGUUUUUUUGUGAUCUCCCUUGUUGCUCCCUAUUACUUGCUAUAAACUGUUUAGUUGCCCUCUAGUAAAGGACUGUGAAAUGAGUUUGCCAGUUCCACAUGUGUGCAAAAUCUGAAUCCAGCAAGAGAUUUAAAAUAAACAUUGAACAGUUAUAGCCCUGAGAGGAGAGGAAAGUGGAAUGCAAUAGAACCAAAAGGGAAAACUGGGACAUUGUUUAUAGGGCAGACACCUCAUAUUUUUUCAGAGAACACAAUUUCUUAAUCUCAUCCAAACCAUUUAUCAAUGUCUUGAUCCUGAAAGAUGGUAAGAGAAAAGAGCUCUUCCCCUCAUAUAGUUUAUUACCCUGUACUUGCAGCAGUUCAAACAGACUCAGUACCAGUUCACAGGGUUUAUGGCACCUUUGUCUUUAUAUAACCACCUAUUACACUAGCUGCUGCCAAAUGGAAGUGAGCUACAUGCUUACAUAAAAGGUUAUCCUUGACACCGGUCCACACCCAGCUGCCUUCUGGCUUUAAAAUAAGUUGAUAUCUUAUUGGGGUUUUAAUGCUUGAAUAUCCUUAUAGAAACUGCCGUGAGCACAGCACACACACAUAGAGUGCAACUUGUUCUCUUGGCUACAAUAGAAGACCUAUUUCAAACCUCAUUUUAGGAGAGGCAGGGCUGAGAGGUGGUUGAGCUCGCCAGGAGCACAUGCGUACCCACAGCUGCCAUGUUGAUGACUACUGCUUUAUAGGUUAAUUCAAAAUGAUCGCCUAGAUCAGAAGUUAUGGCAAUGCUUACCUAGCUAUAUUCCUGCCUUUUUAUUGGAUGAGAUUGUCAAAAGCUUGAGGUGAGGUGGGAAGGAGGGCACAAAAGGGGUGUAAGGAUAGAGGGGUUCAGCUUACGUGUGGUGGGCACAGCCUCCAUCCAGCAGUGCUUAAAAGAGAUUGCCACAUAUUUUUCUAUUGUGGAUGCAGCAAAAAUACUUAAACCUACAUCAUAUGCCACUUAUCACUGCUUCAUACCAUAGGCAAAUGUUGUAAUAGCUGCCUUGUUAAACUCAGAAUUGAAUCCACACCCCAACAGAUGUAAAAAUGUUUCAAGUGACAGCACAGCCACUGAGGUCUACUUUGGAUGAAGCAUUGAGCUGACAACUCUUUCCAAAAACUACAUUUUGAAUGGUGGAGUCCCUGAAAAAGAAAAUUCUAAUUUCCCAGUGAUAGAAGAAUCCUUUUUCAUUUGCAAGAGCUCAGCACACAUGCACACACACAAUUACACAAUACCUUCCUAAUCUUGAUGAGCUGCAAUUGAGAUAGUGUAUGAACUCCAGUUGAUACUGUCAUAUGUGAAAAGUAUUUUGUUACAUAAAAGCGCUGCAAUAAAAUGUAGUUAUUUGGAUGUGGCUUCAAUUCUCUGUGAGUCCUGCCACAUUAGUCCUCCUUUGCUUCCUUUCAUAAGGGAAAGAACUGAGUCUCUUGAAUUCACAGAAAAGAAACUAAGAGCCUAUGGGAACCUUCCUAAACAACACCCUCCCAAUACAGUGCAUUUGUCCAGAGUUGCCAAAUGCUAGUACAACUCUCUAGUCUUACAAUUUAAAUGUCUCUUUGACAUUUUGUAAACCUUCAUACUGCAUUUUACAUUAGAGAUUUCUCUCUCUCUCUCUCUCUCUCUCUCUCUCUCUGUGUGUGUGUGUGUGUGUGUGUGUGUGUUCAAAUAAAAUACAAUAGGCCUGAAAUCUGGCUUACAUUCCAGGGAUCACACCUAAAUCCAAAAUUGCAUAUAGUCAAAACACAUUGGGUUCAACAACGGAUGGAAUUGCUAAAGUCAUUUUCCCCAGAACCCCACCCCUUUCCUACACCCUCUUAAAAUUUUAAACAAUUUUUUGCCACACACAUAAGGCUGAAUGUGCACAAGCUUACUGUACUGUUUUCCCUUAUCAAAAAGUAUAACAAAAUAUUUUGUUGUUUUAGUUUCCAGCAGCAUUUGAAUUCAAUGAGCUGUUUCUGAUCACCAUUUUGGAUCAUCUUUAUAGCUGUCUUUUUGGCACCUUUUUAUACAACUCUGAGCAUCAGCGAAUGAAAGAGGUAAAGUAAAUCACCCAUGUAAUGGUUUUACAGGAGCCAAAAGAAAAUUUGAGGCUGUUUUGCCUGUUCUGUAGAGCUGAAAGUUUUUAAAUGUCACCUAGAAAUGAAUUUUCAUAUUCCUCUUGACAUACCAAAUAGGCACCAGAUGCCACGAAUACAGGCAACUUCUCCCCUCUCUUUGAAUCCAUUAGGUUAUGUGAGCCUCUAUGAAACCUGAGGGGAGCCCAUGAGACAGUGAUAGAGCAAGUUGAGAGUCCCAUCCUCCUUCUCCAUCUAAAAGGACAUCAAAUAGAAAGGCGAAAAAAGCCUUCUGGGCUUGGCAGGCCUUGGCGAGUUGCUUCCAGUCAGUGUAGUCAGUACUGGGCUCAAUGGACUAAUGUUCUCAAAAUAAGGUGGUUCCAUAUGUUCAGCACAUAUGAUUUUUCUCUAGCCAGGAUCUUUCUGAGCAUACCUCAGUUGCAUGAGAAAUAUGAAUAGUGGAUUUUGAAGGAUCCUGGGUACAACACCCAGCUAAUGAGCCAAAUCGUGCUAAUUUAUACCUCGAGGGAGAGCAGAGGGAAAGCACAUGCUAAACUAUGUCACCCCCCUUUUCCCAGGAAGAAAAAAUGUUAGUACAAACAUAACCUUUUGUGUUUUGGUAUAUAUCUGACUUUAAGUGACUGAUUCAGCACAGCAAAUUGCACAAUUGCACCACAAGAUGGAGCUGAAUUACAUAUUCUCACCAAGUAUGUGCCUACCAAGCAGCUCCCUCUCAUGAAUGGAUAAUCUAAUGCAGCUCCCUUUUAAAAAAUGCAAUUUAAGAGACAGCUGUAGUGGAAACAGAUGCUUUGUAGCACUGGAGGAGUAUAAAAUUGCAAGAUGAUGCUGAUAAGAAUUCAGAUUCUGAAACCUUGAUUUAAUAAUGGUUUCAUAAUGAUGUUUGUAUUUGGUCAUAGAAUUUAAAAACUGUUAAGAAUAAACCUAAACAUGGACAUUUAAUUAGAAACAUAGUAUUUAGAUAGGUAUAGGGAGACUGGUAAAAAUAGGUUAUAACCCUUUUCUAAAAUACUGCCUCGUUGUUUCUGUACGUAAGUGUUUAUUCUUUCCUGACAUCUCAAUAAUUUUCUUACUUUUCAGUGGGUUCCGCCCCCCUUCUGAUAGCAUUCAGUGUUUACCUUUACCAUUUUAAGCCUAUUUUUCCUUAUAGGUGGAGGUAGAAAUUCAGUAUUUUCCAAUGGAAGCUUAUUUGAUAACGUUAAAUUUGAAAAAUCAUAAGAAAUUAUUGUUGCAUCAAAAUAUUGCCAGUCUUUUUCUUAAAAGGAAACGAGUUUGGGACCAUGAUAUCUCUUAAAACAGAAACUCAGUGCAAAAUGUAGGGCUUGUCCACACUUCCACUUCUUCUGUGACUAGAAAGCAGGAGUCUCAGCUGUUCUCCACUUGUCUCAUGUUUUGCAUGAGACAUUUUGCCUUUGCACUGCCACUUUCCCCCCGGAAAACUGCUCUUCAGUGCCAAAUUGGAGCAAAUGUCAAUCUGGAGACAACCCGAUUGAUGUUUGCUCUGAUUCAGUGGUAAGCAGUGGAUUUUCCUGGGGGAAAAUGGCAGGACAAGCAGAAGUGUAGAUGAGCUCUUAGUAAAUUCAAAACCUUCGCAAGAGAUCUGCAAGUUUAAUACCGGAGUGGAUGUGUUUCCUAUUGUGGUCCUUGUAGCUCUGGCAUUCCAUGUAGGUUUAUUGUGGAUUCCUUGGUGAAAAUAAAUGUUUCCCUGGAAGAUGGUUUGUCCAUUUUUGCCAGUCUUCCCCAGCACUGUGGCCACUGUGGGAAAUUGUGAGGUUUUGUUCUGUGUCUGUUUACAGGGCAGGGUAUUCUAGGUUGCAUUCUAAAGACAAACAAGUGUACCCCAAACAGAGAACCUACUUUGAUGCCCCAAUGCACACGAGUUCCACAGAAGAUGUUCCUUCAGCCAAGAGAUUGAUGUAAAAAUGCUUCCUUAAUAGUUAGAAGUUUGAAAAUAUUUUCAUUAUAAUUGUUUACAAGUAUUAUUAUUUUUCCUUCAGGAGAUCAGCACAAAGACAAUCUCUUUAUGGUCCUACAUUAAUAGUCAGCUUGAUGAAUUCAGCAACCCUUUCUACGUAAACUACGAAAACCAUGUCCUAUAUCCAGUUGCUAGUCUAAGCCAUUUAGAAUUAUGGGUGAACUACUAUGUACGAUGGAAUCCACGAAUGAGACCCCAGGUAUGCAUUUGUUUGCUUUUCAAUUGAAUUUCUUUUGCCAUUAAAAAAAAAAAAAAGGAAAUACUAAAGAGGUCUAGAAACCGUCAGGGCUUUGAUUGUUUGGUAAAAUAAUCAAAGGAAUGUGAUUCUGUCCCUUUCAUCUCUGACUGGAGCAACAUAUUUUUAAACAACUGGCUGCUGCUCAAAAUGGCCAGUUGGAGGGCUUCAGAAUUUUGACUGGCCUUGAUAGCUAAUAAUUAUUUGUGAUAGCCUGCAAUCCUGCCCACCCCCACAAAUCUGGGACAUGCAGAGCUUUAGCCUGCCACUCUGUGCUACAGAGAUGCUUGGGAGCUGUGUGAGUAUUGCUACUUCCAAGUGCCUCCAAGGCACCUACUAUAGUUCCCUGCACAUGCUAUUCAGUUCCGUGGAGGAGCAAAAUCUCUUUCCAUCCAACAUAAAGUGAUAGAUUCCCUUUCCCAGCCCCCUCCAAAAUCCUUCAAGUUCUAGACAAUGUGUGGAGAACUAGGGAGGGAUGAGGGACCCAGCACAAAGUAAGAGAUGCAGCUCUUUAACACAUUGCACACACAUCACCAUUUCAUUCAUUUUAUAUAUAUAUUUUAUUUUUUUGCUCAGCUUUGCUGUAUUUUGUGGUGAUCUGAAAGUUCUCUCUGUGGCAGAUUUUCACAUGUGCAAGCUGUCAGAUGCUGACCAAGCAACCAUGAAUCAACCUCUGAUCUGCUGUGAGGGAAUGUUUCCUUGAUGGCAGUCGUUGUGUGUGCUUUCCUUCUUGGAUUUGUGACUCAAGUGCAUCGUUUUGGUUUAUAAUUUGUGCUGAUCUAUUAUUAUUAGUCUUCUCAUCUGCCACCUUUAGCAAUGGGCAAGUCCCCAUCUGUGUCCCCACUCAUUUUUUCAGGUACCAAAGAAGUCUGUGGCAGUCCUGCAGACACUGGAGGCCAGGACCCAGGGAUAAUAUAGGAUUAAAACUACCCUUGCCUAGGGUGCAGUUCACUCAAACAAGUCAGUAUUCAAAACCUAGGAUAGGCAACUGUGGGUAGCACAGUGCUCCAAUUUACCUGGCUGUAGCUGAUUUUAUAGCACCCCCCUCUCCCCGGUUUCAGUUUGAUGCCCUUCUAGGAUUAUGCAUUGUUCUUCUUUGAAAUAUGUAUCUGCACAGUACACAAUUAAAAGUUACUGGGAUAGGAUCCAAUUGAAUUUCCCAACCUUACUAGGGCUGAACAUCUGAGCUGGUCAUCUUCCUUCUACUCAGCUCUUUUAGAAGCCACAUUUUAAGGCUUGAACUGUUACCAGUUAGCACUAAAUCUUUUUACCUUUAGGUUUUGUGUUGCUGUAGGAGGAGGAAAUUUUGGACAUGAAAGCUGCAUAAUCACUAAUUCUCUCAUAGGACCUAUUUAAAAAAGUCUCAUUUUGUUGCCAGAUUGGAUUAUCUGUUUGUGCUGACUCUUCUUUUCUCUCCCUUUUCUAAAAGCAGACUUACCUUUUACGACUGCUAGUAAAGGUACCUAACCUCUCUCUCUGGAAUACCUUAGCACCUUCUGUGAGAGAGUAUUUUUCAGCUUUUCUUUCCUCAGGGUGGAUUCUUUCAGAAAUCAGUUAAAAAUGCAAAUUUGCAAGAAUUUUAUGUUACUGAUGAGAUGAGAAUUUUGUAAACAGAUCUGGUCAGUAACUCUGAAUGCCACCAAUUCUAACCGUAAUGAGGAUUGUGCCCAUGUGGUGUAGAAUUCUGGGUUGUAAUCAUUGCUGGUCCUACUCAGAAUAGACUUACUGAAGUUAAUAGACAUUAGUAACUUGGGUCCAUUAAUUUCAGUAGGUUUACUCUGAGUAGGACUAGCAUCUGAUAAAGCCCUCUGUUUUGGUUCUUACUAAAAGUGCCAAAACACUUUUGUACGUUCUGAUGUACAAAAUGUUCUGGCAUUCCUUUUUUGUUGAGGAAUGCACUAAGUGCUUGAUAGGGAGAUGUUGGAUCAAGGCUACUUGGAGUGUGGCAAUGUGCAGAAAAGUCUUCUGUGCAGGAAAGAUCAGGCAGCCUGAGGUCAGGUCAUAACAUAAGAAUUGCAUCCCCAUCUCCCCAUAGUUAAGUAUAUGUGUUAUGCAUGUUUCAAUAGAAAUAGAGUGUAAAACAAAAACAAAAAACUCUAGUAUUUACAUACCACAGCUAUAGACAGAUAGUUAAGUCAUACAAUAAUAAGAACUUAUGAAUCAGCAAACAAUGGGAAACAGCAAAUGGUCUUUAAAGGUUCCAGUCAGAGGCAAAUGUUCAUUAUAUAAAUCAUCCAAUGAAACUGAAUGUUGGAAGAUUCCUGACAGGUAAAAGAAAUGUCUUCUUUUCUUAGCAGAUAUCUAAAUACAUUCAAGGAGCAUAAUAGGGCUAUCAAGGCCAACCAGCACAAUGGCUGUAUUCUACCUCCACUGUUGGAGGCAGCAUGCUUUUGAAUGCCACUUGCUGGGAUUAAUAGCAAAGGAGUCCUGUCACAGCUACACUUUGGCUCAUAUAGGACUAAGAGGUUUAGUCUGGACUGUGUGGCAUGCUGGGAAUAUCCUGUCCCUAACCCCCUCUCUUGUUUUGUGACAUGAGUUUAUUGCUGGAAACAGCUUGACACUGAACUUCAAGAGAUCUUGAACUGAUGAAACUGGCAAUGUGAAGGUCGUUGGGUGGAGACCUAUAGCCAAAACACCUAGCCCUAACUGACAUGCUCCACCUUUUUUUGUUAACUUUCCUUAGCAUAGUUACUCUUUAUGUUAAUAUGUGACCAUCUUGGAUGUGAGUCCUGGAGGACCAGCUCCCUGCCUUUUUCCACCUGGCCUGGAAGAUAGGGGCUUUGACUGACUCCAGCUACAAAGACCAAGGCUGCUGAACAGAAUCCUUGGCUGGGAUUUUGUUUCGGGAUUUGUUGUGGGAGGGUGGUUGUUGCUGUUGUUUCUGUUAUUUUUUUGGACCUUACGAUUUCAUGUGGGGAUUGUUCAGUUUGGUUGUGUGCUUUUUUAUGUUUUAUUUAUUAUUUAUGACUACCUUUGCUAUGUCUGUAGGUACGUGAUUUUUUAUAUGUUGUAAGCUUCCUUGAGCAUGGUCUUAACUUCGGAAAGGCAGUAUGCAAGUAAAAUGAUUGAUUGAAAAGGAGAAAACCAUUUAUCUGGCUUUUGCCAUCAAGCACUUCGAGCUAAGGAAGGAGCCCCAGAAUUAACUGGAACAGUGUGGCAUUUGGGGGAGCUUGUAUCCCACCAACAAACCUGCCUAAGCCAUGCAGCUAGAUCUGCUGUGCCUUCACUGGGCCUGUGACCACGCCUGUUGCAGACAGGUGGGCAGAGGGGCACUUGAAACAGGACACUGUGUCUUACCAGUGCACAAAGGGAGUACAGUGGUGCCUCGCAAGACGAAAUUAAUCCGUUCCGCGAGUCUCUUCGUCUUGCGGUUUUUUCGUCUUGCGAAGCACAGCUAUUAGCAGCUUAGCGGCUAUUAGCGGCUUAGCGGCUAUUAACAGCUUAGCGGCUUUAAGAAAAAGGAAACAAACUCGCAAGACGUUUCGUCUUGCGAAGCAAGCCCAUAGGGAAAUUCGUCUUGCGGAACGACUCAAAAAACGGAAAACUCUUUCGUCUAGCAAGUUUUUCGUCUUGCGAGGCAUUCGUCUUGCGGGGCACCACUGUAUCAACAAGUGACCUGUGGAAGUGCCUCACAGAAGCAAGUCCUUGCUCUCAAGUCUCCCAGCUGAAAGUAAUGCUAGUUCCAUCAGUUCACUGAGCAAAACCACAGUCCCUGUAUUCAAAGGCUUUAAGAUGAGGAGCUGCUGAAAUGGCAGCUGCUUGCUAUAAUGAAUACCUGACAGGAGAAACCGAUUUGAGAAUGUGGCUACGAUCUUAUGCACGUUUACAUGGGAAAAAGCACCAUUAAACAGUGAGACUUAACUUCUGAACAAACAUGAACUAUGUGAGUAGGACAGUUCGAGUGUGCUCAAGUUCCACUAUGAGAGAAGGGAGCAGCAACAGAGUGGAACCAUUAGUAAUGUCAUCUAGAUCUAAAGGUGGAAUUCUGUGACUCAAUGGAGGACUGAAUAUUUUGUCAGCAUUUUUAUAGCGAAAAACAAAAUGGGUGAGCCUCAAAAUAUGUAUAGUGCACCAUUUACUAAUUUUUAACAUGUUGCCAUUUCAUGCCUGUAUGUCUAGCCUAUGAUUAUCCUGCUUUGCAUACUAGUUGCCGAUUUGCAGCCAAUUUUAUGUUCUCAGCCUCCCAAAGUUUUGAGCUGUUUCCCCCCCCCUUGUCUUCCCUGAUCUUGAACUACUUUUUCUUUGCCAAAGUGACGAUGCUGUGCUUCCAUUCCUCAAAACACAUUUGCUCUUUUGUUGCUUCUUUAAUUCUCAGAUUCCCUGUUCCUUUUAGGGCCUCUUAAGCUUGUAAAUCACUUGGGAGAUUGAUCUGAUAUUGACAUUUGCUUUUUGUGCACGUUCAGUUUGUAUUUCUGCUACGUUUCAGGAGCACUCCUUUUUAUGGUAGAUUUAAAAUGUUGAUCCAAUGUGACUAUGAUGCUUUCGUUCAUGGGACUCAUUGUGCAGUGUUGUUUAGGGCUUGAAAUUAGUUCUAGUGGGAAUAUUUGCUGUUUGAAAGACUAUCAAAAGCAACAACUGUAGAACAUUGUCCUUUUGAGCCAUCAAAGGAAUGUGUCCAGACUCUAUAAAAUAAUAGUUUUAUGCUCUUCUCUACUACAGAGUUCAUUGGACUGGGUCCAGAGCCUUUCAUUUUUUUGUGCUGGAUUCGGAACAGCAACUUUUGCCACUGUUGGAAGCUCUUAAGGAACAUAAUAGUGCCAUGGCAGAGGUUUUGAAGGGUGACAGAAUGAGUCCAAGGUUCCUAAUGCUGAUGUAGCCUUUUUAUGUGGAGAAGAGGAGGUUCUCCUUUCUCCCCAUUCUUCAGAGUUGAAAGUGCGAUCAUGGAGCCAACAUUGUUUGUGGUGUGCAGUAGGCCUACACAACAAUUUUGUGACCCACCAAAUUAAACACAGCUCACCAGUCCCAUGUAUCAAGCCUGCUGUGUGAUUGAUAACCCUUGUUUUUGCAAUCCCUUUCAGCCAACUAAAUAAAAAUGUGGCGGUGGGGCUUCCCUGCAUGCCUUGUUAGUUGCUGUCACUAUGGUGGAUUACAAAUUGUGCAAAUUUGGUGCACAUGCCAUUAUUAUUAUUAUUAUUAUUAUUAUUAUUUUAAUUCUCUCACUACAGUCUCUAAUCAAAUUGGUUUUGCACUGCUUGAGAAAUCUGCAAGAGCCUUUUGACCAUAAGGAUAGCAGUGGUGGUCAGGGCUUUUUUUCAGCCAGAACUCUCUGGAACUCAGUUCUGGCACCUCUCAGUUGGAUGCCAGUGCCUUAUACCAGAACAAAGAUGAGUUCCGGCACCUCUUUUUCUAGAAAAAUAGCACUGUUAGUGGUACCAUUUUAAACUCUCCAGGCCCUGAGGGAAGCAGAUUAGAACUUCCCUGUUGCACCACAGUAGCUACAAAAGCGGGGAUAGGAUCAGGCUCUACAUCAGGCAUAGGCAAACUCGGCCCUCCAGAUGUUUUGGGGCUACAACCCCCAUCAUCCCUAGCUGACAGGACCAGUGGUCAGGGAUGAUGGGAGUUGUAGUCCCAAAAUAUCUGGAGGGCAGAGUUUGCCUAUGCCUGCUCUACAUCAAGCAAUUGAUUUAAAAUAGUCUUUUUAUUCUACUGCUGCUUUUCUUCCCAGUGCUAAAAUUGUGAUGUUUCUUUUUUGAAAGGGAAGGCCUAUAAUAGAAGAUAUACAUUCAUUGCUGAACAAUUUUCUUUUGAAUGGCUGUUCUUGAGCAAGUAAAAAGGAAGUGCAAGAAUGCGCACUUGCUAUCCAUACAAUUAAGAACUGGUAGUUCUGUAAGUGAGUAGCUAUUAUACUGCCUUUUAUGCUUAUCCUUGUUAGUAUGGAGGAUUUUGUGAUCCUGACGUACUUCACAGUGCUGAGAGAACAGGGGGGAAACUGGUGCAGUCUCGCAUCGUCAUUGACAUUUAUAAUUUGAAAAAGAAGGUACUCUAGCAGGCAUAAAGGAUCUGUGUGGGUUUGUGGUUGAGUUUGUUGGGAGUCAGAAGCUGCUUUGGCUUCAUGUAGCCUCUUCCCUUGGUUUUUAUUUUUCAGCCUUUCCCACCAAACUGUCAUAGCAACCUCACACUUCUAAAUCCACAGGUUUAUUAUAAUUAGCUACACAGUGGCAGGCAGCAAUUUUCAAUAUUUAGUAAAUACACAAUAAAUAAUGAAAUGAAAUCCUAGAAUCGCUCGCCUAACUUAAAACGAGUACCUUCACUACUCAGGUGUGUUGACUGAAAGAACAACUUAAAACAGUUGCAAGGAAUAUAGUACACUGUGUAACCAGUGGAAAUAAGCCCCCAGCUACUUUUGCAGAUUAGUUAGUGUAUGCUGUAUGCAUUUUCAUCAGACAUCACUCUGGGCAUGGGAAAUGAUGACAUAGAAAACAAGCAACUGCUCACAUAAUCAAAUGCCGUAUGAAGUGACCUGGUAGACCAAUUGCCAGUGGUUUAGCAAACUAUGCGCUUCCUUGAAACAUAACAAACAGGGCAUCAGUUUUUUGUUGAAGGCUCCUUGAAGAUUAAAUCGUGUUGGUUAGCAGAUGUUUUCCCAUUGUGACUUUUUCCCUCUCUUUCAUCUGUGUUUGUUUUAACACAUUAGUAGAACAACUGAUACCUCUAUAAGUAAUUUAAUUUCUGGAAUCAAAGUGGAGGGAUUCAUCUUUUUGUUUAUCAGUGCUAAUGACUUUUCAUAUAUUUGUAGCCUAAUUAUCUAUAGGAAAACUGGAAGUGUUAUUGAGUGAUCGCCCAGUCAAUUUUACAGCAAGAUUAGGAAACUGAUGAUUCUUUCCAGCCCUGAAAUUACUAGAUGGAAGCAGACUGGUGUUCUUGUCCACCUCUCUGUGCAGAAAACUGAAAUAGGUGUGUGGCUGUCUCACUUUCCCAUAUUGGGUAUAUUCAGCUGCAGAGUAGAAAAUGUGUAUUGCUUUCAAAGCGUUGCCUAGCAGCAGACUACAAGCUGUCCACAGUGACACUCAUAAUUCGCUAAAGGGAAAUAAUUCGCUAAAGGAAAGAGACCUACACGUAUUUCAGGAAAGCAGGGUUGCAAAAGCUACUUGAACACAGACCAGGAAUUGGUUCACAUUUGUUCUUCAUAUCAGGCUUUAAAACCCUACCUACAAAUAACACCUUCUGAUAUGCAUGUUUCUUUGGUCUCCUUUCAGGUGUGAAAAGGGACUGGUUGCUCACUAGUGAAGGAACUGGUGUCAUGCUCCAAGGUGUACCAUUGUUGCCUUUAUUGGGCAGCUGAGCUCAAAGAUGGGCCUUUGAGCUGAUCCCUUUUUGCCCCAUGCUCAAGAGUUGGUUUACAGUUCCAUCCCAUGUUGCUUCAUGCUUCUCACUUCCCCUUUCCCCAGACAGCCACCAAGAAUUUUACACCAGUGUAAAAUUCCUUUGGAGAACAAAGCAAUGGAGAAUAAAUUCUCGUACCUUUGUAACAAUUUUGCAAAAAAAUCAAGGGUUGUCGGGUAUUAAAGAAUAUGGAAUCAUGUACACAGGUUGUGCCAAAUUCACAGCAACAUCAGCAGUCUGAAGUCCAGUUGCCCAAUUAGCAAUUUUGUUGGGAAUGUCCAGCUCCCACAUUUCUCCUUUUCAGCUCUAGUUUUGCCCUCCACUCCCUGCCUCCCCCCCCCCCUGAUUUUCCUGGAACCGAUUUAAUGACACUUUAACUGUAAAGGUAAAGGGACCCCUGACCAUUAGGUCCAGUCGUGACCAACUCUGGGGUUGCAGUGCUCAUCUCGCUUUAUUGGCCGCGGGAGCCGGCGUACAGCUUCCGGGUCAUGUGGCCAGCAUGACUAAGCCGCUUCUGGCAAACCAGAGCAGCGCACGGAAACGCCAUUUACCUUCCCACUGGAGCGGUACCUAUUUAUCUACUUGCACUUUGAUGUGCUUUCGAAUUGCUAGGUUGGCAGGAACCUUACUGGGGCCUUAAUUAAUGAAGGGUGCCCAGUUAAAACUGAACAAGUAAAAUAAAUAAGAAAUAUCACAAAAUGUGGGGAAAGAGCAGGAUUAGACCAAUCUGGGGUUGAGGCCACAGUGUUACUACCGUCUUAAUAUAGGAGGAGGCUAGCUGUGAUGAGGUUUUCCUCAGUUUCUCAGUUUCUGAAGAAGCAAUUUCCAUUUUCUCUGACAGUUAACAAUGGUAAACCAGGUAAGAGAACACUGAAGCAGUAUGCCUUUGACAUCUUCCUGCCUGUCUUCCUAAGUUUUCCAAGCCUCUGCUAUCUGUUUGGUAAAAGGUGUACUUUAUUGGAGGGAAGAAUUUAUUCCAGUUUUAAUAUCCAAAAGGCAAUUACAGACAAAUAACUUAAGCCAGAGAGUUGACCUCUGUGGCUGUGCCUGCUAAGGGAGGCCCAUCUUGUCCCUUCUGAGAUGGCUUUCUGCCAUUGUGCAUAGAUGCCUUUUCCUGCGUGCCUUUGCCUUUCCAAAUUUCCCCAAGUUGUUAAUUUAAGUGUAAUUGUGUUAUCUGCUAUCUUUUUUUUAAACUGCUGUUUAUUUUGUUGGUUUUGUAUUGUUGGUUUUGACUGCCCUAAGCAUUUCUUUUAACGGUGAGCCGGGAUAAACCUGAUUCUAAUGAAUGGCUGAAUAAUAAACAUUUAAUAGUAGAUUUGCAUUUCUUUGACUUGGAAUACACUCCACCCCCCACAAUCUGGCAUUUUAUUACUCAAACAAAAUCUGUGUUCAUUUCCAACAGAUGCCAAUUCAUCAGAAUCUGAAAGAACUCCUUGUCAUCAGAGCUGAGCUCCAGAAGAGGGUUGAAGAGCUGCAAAGGGAAGCAGCAACACGUUCCAUUUCUUCUUCAUCAGACCGAGGAUCUUCUCCUGCAGCCACACCAGUGCAUACCUCUGUCUGAUGCAAGGCUAAAACGGAGGUACACUUCUACUAUGGGCAUGUUCUGGGCAGUGGAAUACUCUACCACCCCUGAGAGUAAUAUGUCAACAUCAACUCUUCCUGCUGUUAUGCUGAGGUAAAAAAAAGUGCUUCCUUGCGUGUAACGCUGUAGAUGGUGGUUGCCAGGGUGUUUUUUUUGUAAUGUGUCUUUUUGAUGUCUCUAAUUGAAUUGGCAAUUAGAAAGUUAAUUUUUAUCUUAAGCAACCUGCAACAGACUGCUCAGAAACUGGGAAUUCAUCUAUCAGGUAAAUGCUGCAGUGAGAAUUUCCAUGGAACUGCCAAGCCCAAAGUAAGCCAAAACAUACCCAGAGACCAUCCUUCCUAAAAGGGGAACCCCUCUGGUUUCCUUGGUACUUAUUACGUUUUUUAGGGGGGGACCACAACAAAUACUAUAUUUCUUGGGACAGUUGUAGAUGAUCUGAUGCACUUUGAAAUGGAUUUAAUUUUUUAAUUAUAGCCAGUUGUAUAUUUUGAAUAAAUAUGCCAUUAAAGGAUGAGCAGGAUCUGCCAACUGUGAGACACUUGGUAGUUAUAGUAUAAUCUUCACAGCCAAGAUUGCUAAAUGAAGUUUUGCAAUUUUUCUGUAGCUAUUGUCCAUUUAUCUACCUGAGUGAGGUACUGAAUUGACUCAGUUGUGUCAUUCAUUGCUCUGUACAAAACUUUAGUUUCAAAUGGCCUUUUCACCCAGCUAGAUUUUGAAAUGUGUAAAUUGCAGUUAUUUUGUUUAUCAUGUCUUGUUAAAAAUCUGUACACACCAAGAGCCUUCGUUUGUUCUUAUUGCAUACAAGUCUAUGCAAGGCCAAACACUCUUCUUAAGCCGAGUUACAAGGAACUAUUCUUUUCAAAUGUUUGGGGGUGGAGGGUAGUAAAUUGUAAUGAUAGUAAGUUUUUAAGGAAACACUGUCAUUAAUUGGUUCCUUGAAACAAUAAAGACUUGUUUUAGUUCUUUUUGGUUCAUUUUCUUCUGGAUUUGCAUUGCCCAUACAACGCGAGUGACCAACCAGCAUCAUGUCUAUUCAAGUGACAGGGAUUGGAGUAAGGUGGCUCACAAACUGUGGAGAAGUAGGACUGCACUUCAGCCUACUCUCUGGCUUGUAAAAGGCUAGGCAGAACCACUGGGGGCAGUGAAGGUGGCAUUUGCAUUGGUGCAACAGUAUUCUGUUCGGACUUCACUUGUCGCAUAUUUGCCAAAAAAGGCUCACAGCCACUGCCAAUCACCCACUUUUCUAGCCCCUGUAAAGACAUAUUUGCUUUGGAAUCAUGAAAAGAAACUUCCUAAGAGUUAAAGCUGUUCUGCAAUGGGGCAGUUUUGCUUGAGGAGGUGGCAAGCUGCCUUUUGCUGAAGGUAUUAAAGUGGAGGCUGGAGAAACAUCUGUCAGGAAUACUCUAGUUGUAGAGCUUGUACUGAGCAGGGGGUUGGAUUGGAUGACCUCUUGGGUAUCUUGCAGCUCUGCCACUUCAGAUGCCACCUUACACCGCCAUAUCUGUCCCAUUUUCACAGGCUUGAUGCUGAAACCCCCUUUUACGUUAAGCUUCAUACAAAAUUCCCAACUGGCUUUUAUUACAUGCUCAAAAGAAUACUAGCUUUCCCCAUGCUAACUUUUUCCUCCUUAUGAAUCCCAUUUUGUUUUUAGUGUCCUAGAACAGAAAUACAUUUCUUGAAAAUUUGCAGUUCAAAUGGAUUUCAAAAAGGGGGAAACUCUUUUUUAACAGUUGAAGAUUUUCACUUAAAAUUCUAAAGCAUAGCAUUAAUUGCUAGAUACACUGAGUGUGGGGGCAUACAUUGUUGGUUAUAUUUUUCUAGUUUAGAAAAUAAAGCAGGCUUUAAAUAUUUGGGAUUAAGUGUAGAAAACCGCAAAUAGUCCCUUCUAGACUUUUUGUUUCCUCAAAGAGCAGCCCCACUUUGCCAUGUGGGAAGUUUCAAAAGAAACUUGUGAUGUGUCAAGGACAUCUGCUGCUCAAAGAAAAAUGUCAUGAAGUCCCACAUAGUGCAUGUCAUGGCUUUGCAAUGUUGCUUUUAGAUACUGACUGCCAGAUUGUUUCAUGUUAACCCUGCCCUUGGUCUCCUCCAGAGUAGGCAGGGUAGCAACCAGAGCUUUAAUUUUUAAAACCAACCAAAAAGGAAACAAUCCUUUUCGCUCAAUGUAAAAGGUAGAAAAAAAUCAUUCAUGUGUCUCAUUUGAAAGUAGGCAUUGCUGCAUUGGAAAUCUGACUUGAUGGUUGCAGAGAAAGGUAUAUGCUUUACAAUUCCCCAGCUAUUGUUUAAAAAGAUUCAAGUUGCCUGCAAUUUCCCUCUCCUUGCUUGCUGGCCUUGUGCUGCAAAUGCACGCCCACAGAGCACACACACAGGCACAUUGUUGUUGUACAAGUCUUUAUUUUUUUUAUUGUUUUCCAGUUUGUAGUUCAGCAAUCAAGUUCGGAUUUCCCUCCCCUGUAAUUCUUAUAUGCACUUUAGCAAAAUGAGUCCGCCUUUUGACAGCAUAAUGCACAAUUUUCAUCUGGGACAGAUCAUUUCUGUAUUAGCUAAAGAAUUGUAAGUAUUGCUUAAAUAAACGCUUGGCAUCUUUUGGACACAAUCUACUCUCUUAAUCUGCUGUCUGGGUUCUCUUCCCCCUCCCCUCCCUUUCGCCAAGUUCAUCUAUUUGCUUUUGUUUCCUUCUAUGUUUGUAAAGUUAUGCACUUUUCUCUCGGAUGAACCUCAAUUCACACAACAGCAAACAAUCUAUUGACAAUGAUAAUGUAUAGUAAACAGGGCCAUUUGCUGUUAGUUGCAUGAGACAGUGACAGCUGACGCUGUGGCCUUAAAACACUUUGCCAAGAAAGACACAAGUUAAGAAAGAAAAGAGCCAAGCCAACACUUAAGUGAGUUAAUGUGGCUAGAUCCCUGCCAAUAUUCUCAUAAUUUUGAAAAAUACAGGAAACCACUUUCCCAUUCUCUAAUUAGGCAUCUUCUCUUUACUUGCAAGAAUGUGUGUUGUGUAUAAAUUCAGGGCACAGGAAGGGGUCUUUUAUAUAUAUAUCUUUGGCCUGAUGGAAGACUUUAAUGCAUGUCACUUGACCUAUUCUGGAACAUCUGGCUGAGCUUAUUUAUGUGGCUUUUCAGUGCACAGAUAGUUUUAAUUAUGAACAUAAAAACACAAGAGUAGAAAAACAGAAAUGGAUCCCUUCUGGAGGUGUAGUACUACAAAGUUGGCACUGCUACAGAGAAAUCAGCCAGGAAAAGCCAAACAUAUUGUUGGUUGUGUACAGACAAUGGAAAGAAGGUCCCCAUGGGGAGAGGUCAUAGUUCAAUGGUAGAGCACAUGCUUUGCAUGCAGAAGGUCUUGGGUUCAAUCCCUGGCAUCUAUUUAAAAGGAUUUCAGAUAUUAGGCCUGGAAAAGCACUCCUUCCCUCUUUGUUUGUCUCAGCCUCCUAAGGUUUUGGAGACCCACUGCCAGUCAGAGCAGACUGGGCUGAGCUAACUAGAUCAAUGGUUGUUUCACGUUCUAUUAAUAGUAAUAGUGUAAGCAGAACUCUGAUCAGCAGUUAGCUUUUCUGAAACGCUGCUGUAGGAGGAGAUUAGUGGCCACCUGACAGGUCUCAUUACUGUAGCUGCCACUUUCAUCCCUGGCUGAGUGACUGAGGGUGGGGAGUGGGCAGGUAGCUCUUGGGGCCAGGCUUAGCAAAGGGGACUUCAGUUGCUGAUCUAGCACAAAGAACCAGAGAACAGAGCUGCUUGUGUACUUUUGAGUGGAGAAUGCAGUCAGUCCCCAUUAUCCGACAAAGCAGAUUUCUUUGGGGAUACGUUCAACUACAUUUUAAAGUGGUUCUACAGGCAAUAGUAAUAGUGAUAAUUGCCCUGUAUGCCUAAUGCUGAAUUAUAGUGCUAUAACAUUUUAAACAGGUGUCUCCUGUUUGCUGUGCAUUUCUAUAGUUUUGAUUUUUAUAUUCUACCUAAAAUUUACAUUAAGGCAUAACCAUUUACCAAAUUCAUAUAAAAAGGCUUUGGGGAAGGAAGUAGCUUAAAGGUUAACCUACUGUCUUAUCCUGAAAGCCCGAUAUCUUACUUAUUGGAAGUAUUGUGAGUUUUUGUUUUUUACACACACACAAAAGAAAUCUGCAAUACAUACACAUUUCAAAUGACUAAGUGGUUAGUGGGUUAUUUUCAACACUCAGAUGCACUGUUUUUCAAAAUUCAGAUCAGUGGCUGGACAGUGCAGUAAUAGAAAUACAACAAAAUCGACAAUUUACAUCUACAGAAACAUUUCCCAUCAUUGGCAAGAAGAAAUAAGGAAUUAUAUUCAUUUAUCUGAGAAAAUGACUCCUAGUGCAAGUACUAGCAUCAUAGUUACACUUAUUAUUUCCCCGCUAUUUAUCUAAAGAUGCACUACUUCAUCCUACUCUAAUCUUUUAUGUACUUGACUCAAAAAAUUAAAAAAGAGAUAUGCUAUAGUAGUUGGAAAUUACCAUUAUGUCAAUUCAGCUGUGUGGUAUUGUUAGUAUCUGACUAAUUUGUGCUCUGCAAAAAUUGCAAACCACAGCCUUCCUAAAAAACCUACUCUACAGUACUUAAGGGUAACUUCAAAACGUAGAAGCCCCCCAAACUGUUUCCAUGACAGUACUCCACCAGACUGAACGCUCCUUUUCACGUGGUUUCACCUACUUGAGUGAAGACCGUCCAUGGCACAGCAGGCUUCCAGGCAGAAGCAACUUUCUGUGGCUUCCGUUCUGGUGACCAGUGUAUGAAGCACCCUUCAAUAAGCAAGUAAGCUGCAUUCCUUCUUAGAUGUAUUGCCCUGCUUUAGUCCCAUUGAAGCCAACAGUUAAGAUGAGAAUUUAGGAGUAAAAGAGCUUAUUGUAGCAUUGUCAUAGAAGCUAAAUACAUUCAAAAUGUGUGAAUUUCUUUAAAGCUACUGUAGGGCUCUUGAAAUGCAAGUGGUGAAACAAAAACAGAGCAGAAGGAAUUUGCACAUUUGUCAUCAAACGUCUAAGCUACAGUUUUAAGCACCAUUUCAUGGAGGCAUGUUCCACUGAAAUCAGUGGCACCUGCCUCAAAGAGGACAUGUGUGAGGUGAGGUGAGGAUCUCAGGGCAAAAUUUCAUCCUAGCUAUACCCCUAAGACCCAAGCCAGCUUUAAUCAUGGGUCAUAACAACUGGUGGUUCCAUUUCCAUUAAGAGAUUUAUCCACCCAUGUCAGUAGAGUCCAGAUGCAUAGCAGCAUCCCCUGCUACUUCCACCUGCAGAUCUCCCUUGCUAGAGCAGGGUGCUAAUGUUUCCAGAUUCCUUUUAAAAAAUAUAUCAGUAAAAAUUAAGCUUGUAAACAGUCAAAAGCUAAAUGGAUCUUUUAUCCACAAGAGUUCUUUUUCACCACCUUAUGAUACAGAUGUGUGCAUUUUUUAAAAAAGAAACAGUACUCCCUUUUUAAUGACUCGCUAACAUCACUGAUAAUUCAUAAUCAUACGGAAGUAUUCACCUUGCUACAAUGGUGAAAAGUGCGACUGUUAAAAAUCACCAACAUGGGCCAGAUUUUUGAUCUAGAUUACUUCAGAGCUCAGUAGUUAAGAGUGCAUGCUUUGCACCAAAGGGCUCUCAGGUCAUCCUUGGUAUCUUGUUAGAGAUCUCAGUUAGAAGGUCAGAACCCAAAGUGCAACUAAGUUGGAGGUUUUCAAGCAGAGGAUGAACAGCCAACUGUUGUGGGUGCUCUCAUCCUAGACUUCCUGCAUCAAGGCAGAGGAUGGAGUCAGUAGGUUGCAUCCAGCCUUGGUUCUACUCCAAGUAGACCCAUUUAAGUUAAUGGACCUAACUUAAUAAUCUCCAUUAACUUCAGUGGGUCUGCUUUGCAUAGGAAUAGCCUUGGUUACAACCCAAUGGCCUACAAGAUCACUGGGAAACUAACUGAGCUCUUGAUCCAUGGUUGCAUCACAUUUUGUGGUUUAAUUUCCUAGCUGAAAGCCCGUAAGUUCUGUUCCUGGAUUUUAGCCAACCCAGGAAUUAGAGUCUGACAAAACGAAGAGGAGCAAGCUAACAUUUGAACUGCAAUAUCCUCUGUCAUUGCACAAGAGAUUGUGCGAGUGCAACCUUCGUGAUUGCCCAGUGCAGCAAGCAGACUUGCAGUCCUGGAAAUGCAAGCAUGUUCUAAAUCUGGAGUAAAAUAGAGCAAAAAACCCACGUUGUCGGCCCAAGUCUAUGGGACUGAACAGGGAAGGGAAAUCUUGCUUUUCUUUGCCAGCGGAAGGGCUUGGGUAUAGGUUCAAAUUCUGACCUCCUGAAAUGUCCCUGGAUUUUUAAAUAGGAAACAUUGCAUCCACAACAACUAGCUGCAUAGGGUUCUGGUAGCAAAAAAAUUCAGGAUGUUUGUAGAGAAGCCCAGUUGUAUGGGGUCAUAUUCACCUGCUGUCCUCUGUCAAAUGAAGACCUACCCCACAGGCACUUGUAUAUCUUGAGGUGUAGCUACUUAAAGGACUAAACUCCACCCUCCAACAUUCAUGUAACUUCCACUGUUAUCAGUGGAAGCUACAUGCUUAUGGCUGACAGCCGGAAUUUGGCUGAAAGUCAUUUCAUAAAGGUUUUUUAAAUGGUUUGCUUUGGACUGUUAAUUUACAGGCACUUCAUUUGUUCUCACACCUGUAGUCACUAACUCAGCUGCUUCUCCCCCCCCCCCCCAACCUUCAUGAAAAUCCCUAACUCUAAUGUGAAACACCAAUUUGAAGCACCCUUUUGUUCUUGUAUUCAACCUGACAAAACUCCUACAUGACCAUGUGAAUGUAAACCUACAACUCUUCAC